AUGCGCCGUCAGGGCCGUCCCGUCCCCGCGCCUAGAGAACGUACUUUACGUUCACGCUGGGCGGAGCCUCUAUUCGCAUGCGCAUUUCUCCAAACCGAAGCCAACUAGUAGAGCUGGGCGGGCGGGCGAGGGUGGGGUGAACCUGGCGUAAGCUGCUUACCCGGGUUGACCGGCGCGACGUCCCACGAACUGACCCUCACCGGCGCCCGUACAACCGGCGCAUGCGCAUGCGUCUCUCUCUAUCUUUUUUUUGUUUCCUCCUCCUCUUCCUCCGCCAGUUUCCUGUCAGGAGGCGGAUGGCAGAAGCAGGGCCCGGCUCGGAGCGGGAGGGACGAGUUGGGGAGGCGCCUUGACUGGAGCGCAGCGGGUUGACGCCUCGCCGGAGAGACAAGGUAGAGCCGGCCGGUCCCGGGAGGGCUUGGCGGCUUGUGUGUGAGGGCCGAGGUGUCUAGGCCGCUCUAGGCCCGGCCUGAGAAGCGAGCCAGGCCUCGAACUCGGACCUCCCCCCCCCUUUCUCCUCUCGCGCGCGCCUGAGGGAGUUAACGGGCGCCGGGAAGGGCCAAGAAGGGCCGGUCCCGCCGGCAAGAGAACGCAAACGCCACUCCAGGAGCUUUUUCUGCCGGGGCGCUUCCGCGACAGGGUGACGGGACCUUUUUCGCCCUGCCGGAUCGGGCCAGCGGCCCCUGUAUCCCCAGCCAUCCUAGUUUCAACAGUGGUAGGGAGGGAAGGGCUGUGCCGGUCCGUGGCUGCGGUUUAGGGCACCCGCUUUGCACGCAGGGUGUCCCAGGAUCAGGCCAGGUUGGCUGGGUGGAGAGGAGCCAAACUGAAACCCUGGAGAGCCAGUCAUUGCAUUUGUUUUUGUUUUAUUGCAGGCACCCGCAAACUCGGCCCUUCAAAUGUUUUGGGACUACAACUCCCAUCAUCCCUAGCUAACAAGACCAGUGGUCAGUGAUGAUGGGAAUUGUAGUCCCAAAACAUUGGAGGGCUGAGUUUGGGGAUGCCUGGUUUAAUGCAUUUACGCCCCACUUUUCUCUCCCCAAGGAGCUCAAGGUGGCACACAUGGUUCUCAUUUAACCCCCUGCAACAACCCUGCGAGGUAGGCUAAGCCGAGAGACCGCAACUGGCCCCAAGGGCAAGCCCACUGUGUUUUGUGACUGGGGAUUUGAACCCAGGUUCUUUAGUCCACUAACACUAACCUCCACACCACACUGUAGAACGGCCUUUCCCAAGGCUAGGGUGUUGUUGGACUACGACACCCAUCACCCCUGGUUAGCAGGACCGAUAGUCAAGGACGAUGGGUAUUGUAGUCCAACAGCACCCCAAAUUUGAGAGGUGCUGCUGUAGCUGUACCAAGCUAGAUGGAGCCAAUUGUCUGAGUUGUUUAGGCAUAGAAACACAAGAAAAUUCCUUUUUUUGUGUAUUGUUGUUAAUAUUGAUAUGUUAUGGGCGUAGAGAGCUGCCGCUUUGGGUGUCAUCGAUCAUUCGCUUCUCACAGCCAAACCCUUAUACAAUGACUUGGAGAAAUAAAAGUAAUAGAACCAUUCAGACAAGAGUACAGAUUUAUGUGAUUCAUUUUAAAAGGAUCAUGAACUCCUUAAUCAAAUAGAUCUUUUAAGUGCCAUGCAUAAUAAAAUUGUCGAUAAAAUACAACUAAACUCCACCAAAAAAAGUAUGCAUAGAAUAAUUUUUAAAAUUCAGAUUUAAUUUGUAAAAUGUUUAAAACAAAUGUAAGUAAUUAAAUUACAUGUCUGGAUAGACUUGUGAAAGUGCUACUGGGUGCAGAGAAAAAGAUACUGUACUAGAUUAAGACACCAAUUCUUUUUUCCCUUAAGGAAAGAAAAUUAGCAAAAAUAAGGUUUUAACUCCUACAGUGAAAUUUAUUUUAAGUUUGUUUCAGCAAAAACCUACAGAGAAUCUUGUGGCUCCUUAAAGGUGGCCAAAUUUAUUAUGGCACAAGCUUUUGUGGACUACAGUCUUCUGUAUCAGAAGCAUGAGAUUUUUAAGGCUUUCCUGAAUGCUAGAACUGAAGGGGCCACACAAAUGUUAACUAGAAGGGAGUUCAAUAGCUGCAAAGCUACCACCUGGAAAUAACUUAUUAAUUAAAUAUUUAAGAAAUUUUAUUUUUAUUAGUGCUUUGGGAACCUGCUGCUAUUAUUCAGAAGCAAGUGAAUGUGGUUCUCCCUCUCCCACUUUUUAAAAACACCCACAACAACCCUGUGAAGUAGCAAAACAACAAAACAAUAACAGAUGUAUUAUGACAUAAGCUUUCAAGGUCUGCUAGAGUCCUGUCCUUCAGAUGUGUGAGGCGCUGCCCUGAGUUGAAGCGGGGAAUGAUUGUAGAAAGAGGUUAGAGAGAAAUAAAAUUCUGAAUAAGCACGUUAACGGUGGCAGUUCCUACACCCAAGUUAUUAGCAACUUGAAUAAGACUUUGUGCAUCAUAUUGUCCACAGACGUGAAAGUCAUAAUAAAUGUGUUUGGUUUUAAGAUGUCAUUUCAUUCUUCUAUUUAUGUUUCACAUCAUAAAAAUGAGACAGUAACUGCAGAAAACAAUUUUAAUCCUUCUGUUGUGGUUCAGCAUAAAACAUUUAACAGAGUAUGCAGUACUAUCCAGGAGAAUAUUAACCUUUCUUUUCUUGUCUUACACUUGAAAGGUGCAACUAGUGGUAAUAGAUCUAGUAGCAGUCAGGCGGAGCACAUCUGUUUAAAUAAUUUGGAAAAGUUGGAAAGAAAUUAAAUACAUUUAUUUCUAUAGUUCCAUCAAGGUACAUACGUGUAUUUUCCAGGGUAACAUAAAAAAGCCUGGACUGGAAACUUGGGGAAUUCUUUAAAAACCCCUCACAAUCAUUUAAUUUCAAAAGUGGUUGAGGGCACAAAGGGAGUGGAAAGACAAGCCUGACAAAACACUGGAGGAAUGCUGUCUUUACUGUGUUGCUUAAUGAACUUUUCUAAAUUUCCCUUUAGACAUUGAGAACAUUAAAAAGGUGAUAAUGCACCAUGGCAAUGGUCCUCAAAAUGCCCAACGCCAGCUCCAAAGGUCCCGCUCCUUCACUGGCAGCGAGGGUGAAGACCAACAGGCGAACCUGCCCCAGUCCCCAGCACCUUCGUUUGCUCCUUCAGCAAGCCCAUCAGCACCACAGUCUCCCAGUUACCAAAUCCAGCAGUUUAUAAUGAGCAGAAGCCCAGUCGCUGGGCAGAAUGUGAACAUUACCCUGCAGAAUGUUGGACCGGUUGCGACAGGAAACCAGCAGAUCACGCUUACUCCGUUGCCGAUCCCGAGUCCGACCUCCCCGAGUUUCCAGUUCAGCCCUCAGCAAAGGAGGUUUGAGCAUGGGUCCCCCUCCUACAUUCAAGUUACUUCGCCGUUGCCAACACAGGCUCAGUCUCAGAGCCCCACGCAGCCUAGCUCUAUGCCAGUGCAGUCCAUAUCAAAUGUUCGGGCGGGCACCCCAGGGCCUGGCUUGGGGAUGUGCAGCCAGAGCCCGACACGAGGCUUUGUUGAUGCGAGCGUUCUCGUGAGACAGAUUAGCUUGAGCCCUUCAAAUGGCGGGCACUUUGUGUAUCAGGAAGGCUCCGGCAUCACCCAGAUAUCUCAAGGAACCACAGCUCAGGUGCAGCUUUCAUCUUCCGGAGCACCUGCUGCGGUUCGAGAACGUAGGCUGUCGCAGCCCCACUCGCAAACCGGUGGCACCAUACACCACCUUGGACCACAAAGUCCCGUCGCUAGUGGAGCAAAUAUCCAACCUUUACCUAGCCCUGGUCACAUUGCAACAAAUAACUUGCCACCUCAUAUCAGCAACAUCAUCCAAGGCAUGCAGCAACAGCAGCAGGUUCUCCAAGGUCAGCAGUUGAGCAGAUCCCUGGGAUAUGACCGGACUUCUAGUGGGCUGAUAGCUGGAGUUGGAGGAGCUUCUGCUUUUGGAAUGACAUCGCCGCCACCUCCCACAAGCCCUUCCCGGGCCAGCAUGCCACAGGGGCUGACAAGCCUCCCUCUUGCUCCUUCAGUAAGUGCUGUGGGGAAAAAAACAAAGAAACUGGAGGAGAUCCCCCCAGCCACUCAAGAAACCGCUCAGCUGAGAAAGCAAUGUUUGGACCACCACCUCAAGGAAAUGGAAGUGUUGAAAGACGCUUUCAAAGAGUAUUUGAUUGAGUUGUUUUUCCUGCAACACCUGCAUGGAAAUAUGAUGGAUUUCUUAGCUUUCAAGAAGAAGCCUUGUGCUGCGUUGCAAGCAUACCUCAGGCAGAAUGACUUGGAUUUGGAGGAAGAGGAGGAAGAGGAACAAUCUGAGGUUAUCAAUGAUGAGGUAGGAACUUGCUGUUCCAAUAAUUUAGAAACCUACUGAAGCCUAGAAUUAUUUAUACUAGUUAUUUGAUUUCUAUUUCUGCAAUCUGUAGCGUGCAUACUUGGAACUCAGUACAUUUGAAAUCAGUAAGAUUUGUAUUGGAGUACGAAGCAUGAUUGGGUUGCAAGAUUUAUUAGGCCAGUAGGUAGCGCAGCAUAUCCUGCAGCAUUCGUCUUUAAGGUUUGGUGUUUUGAUGUUGCAAACAGAUUUGCUGGACUUAGGUUUAGGAUCUUAAAUUUUGCUGUUAUUUGUAAUUCCAUUUGAUCUUAUUUGUGGUUUUGUUCAUAGAUUGGUUAUGGUGUAGUAGGUAGAAUGUUCCUCUUUGAUCAGGAAGAUGCGAGUUCAAAUCCUGUUCUUACUUUAGCCAUGAAAUCCAGUUGGUGACUCCAGACAAGUAGCCAUCUCUCAGCUUAACUUGUCUUGCAGUGUUGUUAUGAUAAAAUUAGAAAGUGUGGGAAAUGGAGAAAAUUCCUAUGCAAUGUUGCCCUCAAUUUUUUAGAGCUAGCUCAGGGUACACAUAUGAAAAUGAUACGAAGUUAUGAUGUGCUGGCUUGCAGUGUUACAAAAAUAAUGGCAAAAUCCUUCGGGAAAUAUAAAUAUUUUCUAGUUGUAACCAAAGUGUCAGAAAAGCUGGUUUAACAUGGAAGCAGAAGUUGUAGGGCAUUUUUCUGUUUUCUGUUUGCUUGCUUUCUCACCAGUCAUGCUCACACAGGAACCUUAAACUUGAGUAUAAAUUUGCACAGUAGGUUUACUGGCACUCAGCUCAAAUGGCAAACUUAGCUGUCAGUUAAAAGAAGGUUCAGCUAUGUAAUUUGUGGUUUAUCCAGUGUGUGGUUACUCAGAAGCAAGUCCCACUAUGUUAAUUGGGGCUUACACCCAGGUAAGCGUGCAUAGGAUUACAGCCAUGAUUUUGUAAUAACAUCAAGUGAAAACUUGAAGCAGGCUUAAUUUAGGGCUCCUCCAGUUUCUCCAAGUAUCACUGUAGUGCAAAAUAAUGAUAAAGGCCUGGAUACAAAGAACCCGGUAGCUCGUUCCACAUUAGCAAAUAAUACACUCUGGGGCUAUGUUUAUCAAAUAGCUUCCUCCUCUCUUGCUGCAUAGCAGAGUUUGAAACUGAACUUCUCAAGCAGGCUCUGGUGUCUGCUGUUGAAAAAUGGUUUGUUUGUUUUUUAUAAUCAGCCCUGGUGAAAGAAAGCUACUGGGAUCCUGCUCCACGUGUUUAAUUUUGUUACAUUAAAGAAAAGUGCAGUCUAAAAUAAAUUUAAACUCUUCAUUAUCUGUAACUAACUGGCGCAGACACCACUUUGUUGUUAUCUUGCAAAAACUGUCAAGCCUAAAGUCUGUGUCUUUUUUUAUAAAAAGCAAAUUAACAAUGCAAUCUUAUACAUUCAUACUCGGAAGUCAAUUCCAUUGAGAUUUGCAACUUGAAUGGUUUUGCAAGCUUAGCAGUAAAUUGUCGAAUACUUAUACAAAUGUUUACUGGUAAAACACAGGUAUAAACAGGAUUUCUGGAAGUCCCAUAUUUCAAAGGGGUUCAUUCCAAUUUAUGAUACUAUUGAUUCUAAAGGCGAUGUUUACCUACUUUAAACUUCCAAAUAAUGUGUUUAUUUUUUAAUUUAAAUAAUUUAUUUACCACUUAACUACAAUAGUCUCUAAGUGGUUCGCAAAGAUACAAUACAAAGAAUAAAAAUAAGUUAAAAUUAUAAAAUCAAGCUUCAAUUAAAAUGCCUGCUGGAAUAAAAAAGGCCUUCAGUUCAAUAGGUGACUCUUUACUUGUUCAAUAGGUGACUCUUUACUUGAUGCCAGAUCUCCAAAGUGUUUCCUUUUGUGAAGAGUUGGAGGCCUUUGAAUCCCUCAGUUUGGAACAAAUUGGUCACUCCCAUAAUGGGAGCUUGUAAUGUCAUGAGUGAGGCAUAUAGCGCUUAUAUGCAGGGAAUACCUCUGAAACAAUUUCAGGACUGAGACCUUGUAAUAGGUGAAGGAUGUAUAGUUGCUGACUUGCAAACUACCAUUUCCAAAGAGCCAGUCUCUUCUUCCAAUUCAGUAUUGUAAAUAUGUUGACAUUUUCAAUACUAUCUUGAUUACCUAUUUAAUGGCAGUUGUUAGUACUCUAAUGACCUAUUUGCUUCCAUCAAAAUGGUGGGGGCUGUGUGGUCUCACAAAACUAUAGAGUGGAAAGCAGGUGAACAUCAAUUUGAAAUUAUUUUUAAUGAAUAGUGACAUAAUUAACAAAACGAAAAGAACAACAAAUAAAAAACAAAACAAAAAGGACAACAGGCACUUGACAUAAAACUCCUUAUUGCAGCUCAAGGGGUUUCAGAGUAAGACACUCCUCCUUCAGGAGCUUGAAAUGCUUGAGAGUUCUUAAAAUUCAAGAACUCAUUCUUAAAUAUAACGAGCUCAAGCUUGAAAAAAUAGUACGUACAACCAGGGCUUUUUCCAGCCAGAACUCACUCAAACUCAGUUCCAGUUCCAGUACCUCUCAGGUGGGCUCCAUUGCCAUUCUAACGAAGGAGGUGUUCAUGGUGAGCUUCAGCACCUCUUUUUCUAGAAAAAUAGUACUGAGUACAACUUUGUUUAUUUAAUUCAUAAAAUUUAUGCACUGCUUGACAGUUGAGGACCUCAACAUGGUUGAAUCUCUGCAAUUUAUAAUCAAAGUGAUACUACUUUGGAUCAGUGUUUCUAAGUUUUACAGAAGUGCUUGUCAGGCAUGAUGAAUACUCAGAACACUAAAUGUGGAAUCAACUCUUGCUUGUUAAACAAAAUCAAAUAUGUUUUCCUGCAGAAUCAAUUCUAAUGAAAAAUGCAGCAAAAAGCUAUCUCAUUGGUGUUGUGCAUCCCUUUGGUUUCAAACUUUUGCUAUGAAGACAGAUGCUCCUAAUUUUCGAAAUGGUUAUUCUUCAGAAAGUCUUUCCAAAAUUCAUUAUAAAGGUUGAGUAAAGGCAUUUAAAUUCAUCUGAGUAGGCCUGGUGGCAUGGCACAUAAAAUCAAAUGUAUCACUUCUUAAAUUUUGAUAAAGUACAUUCCUUUCUAUAGACAGUAAUUUUUAAGGAGACUGAUUUUAACCUAUAUCCCCCCCCCCAACAGUAUAUCAUUUCCCACCCCUUUACUUUUUGAAUGGUCAAAAUGAUUUAUACCUGCUUAACCGGUCCUGUGUGACAUAAAUGGAUGUUUAAAGCCUUUCACUUAAAUUUAUAACAGUUUUGCAGGUAUCCCUAUUUAACACUCAAUUUAAGAAAACCUUUUUCCCCCUUUGUAAAAAAUAAAAUGGACUUAUGGAAGACGUUUGAAGAAACAAGUAAUAAACUUCCAGGAACAUUGAAAAUGUUACAUUUUCUUUUGAAAAACAAGGCACUUUGGGGGUACCUCUUUCUCUUUGUAUUUUGUGCAUUUCCUCACUCUUAUUCCCCCUUCCUUUUAUCACCUUCUGCUAAAGCAAUGCAACUUCAUCCCUUGCCUGGGUGGGCUGAUUAUUAUGGGAGUUUGGGGGAGGCUGCGAGGAGGGGAGAGAAUGCAGGCUAUGCUCAUUGCUUAAUAAAUGUUGGGGCUCUUCUGAGUGUGAACUGUCUGUCAUGCUAAUUUUGUUGUCUGUUAGAAAGCCAAUAUCUCAAGUUAACCCAUGUUUAUUUGCCUAUUCUAAAUUUCAGUGAAGACUUUAGGUGGCGAGCGGUCGCAAGUAGCCUGUGCCUCGCCCCAUUCUGCUGUCUAUAAAGACAAAGCAGAACAUCUUAUUUAUUUUCUUUUUUCUUCUUAAAAAAAAGUGGGUUCAAGUCCCAUCACACCCAUGGGCCUUUUCUUAAAAUCCCCUCUUCAGCGAGGAACCAUCAAUACAAUGCAAAGUGGAGUGUGUUGAUCAGAUUUUUUAAAAACGGAAGAAAAGAAAAUGAUUUCCCUUUUUGUUUCCCCCCAAAAUAUCUUCUCUCAGGUAAAGGUUGUGACAGGAAAGGAUGGGCAGACUGGUACUCCUGUUGCUAUAGCAACCCAGCUUCCUCCAAAUGUUUCUGCUGCUUUUUCAUCCCAGCAGCAACCAUUUCAGGUACUUUUUCAAUGGUUCUAAACUUGUAGUUUCAUCCCAAGUGAUUAUUACUAUUCCUUUUUUUCUCAUUCAGAUUUGGUAUUUGAAAAUAGAACCUGCAUUUCCCCACCCCACUCCCUGAGAGCCCAUCCCUUUUCAUCUAAAAAACAGAAAUGAAUAGUAAAACCUCUUAAAAUUUCAGAUGCAUGAGUGUUUACGGAGCUUUGAGGAAGUUACUUUUCCCCACCUCUUGUUUCAAAGUUGCUGGCUUAUUUCAUUAACUUUCAGCUUUUGAUGUGUUCCGCUUUGGUUUGCUUGUCUUUGGUUCCCUUGUGCGUUCUGCCUAGUAACAGUGUGGGUCUCUGUGUCUGUGGACUAUGACUGUGGAUUCUUUCUAAAAUUCUGUUCUCUCUCUCCUCCCCCUUUUGUCCUUGAUUUUGAAGGUUUUUGAAUACAGAUACAAAAAAGGGGCAGAACUGCCACUGCACCUUUUCUCUUUCUGAUGCAAUUUAAAUUACCACACUUUACAAAUGCAUAAUAAAAUACCUUGCUGUUUAAUAGUCAAAUGUAUGCACAACAGACCUUAUGAAUUGCUGGAUUAAAUUGUGGGUGCCAGAAAAUAGAGUGAAAGAGUUAUCAUGCCCUGCGCUGAAGGGUUGUGCUCAAAAUAAUGGUCUGGUUCAGAUGUAAUGUAAUCAUGUAAAACCAUGAUUGAUUGUAAGGUUAGAGAGCCUAACUCGCAUACUAUUUUUCUCUCUUUUUCUCCUGAGAGGAGGACAGCUUCUGCUUUGAACUAAGCACAGUUGUGGGACCUCCUGUGGUCUGCUAUAACUAUAGCUUGUUCUUCACAAACAAGCUGUGGUUUGGUAUCUUGGUUUGUUAACUAACUGCAGUUAGAGCAAACCAUAGCUCUCUGAGUUCAGAAAUAAUGGAAUUGUGGCUUAGUUCAAAACUGGAAGGUUUUGAUCAUAGGAACAUAGGAAGCUGCUUUAUACUGAGUCAUGUCACUGGUCCAUCUAGCUCAGUAUUGUUUACAGUGAUGGGCAGCAUCUCUCCUGGGUUCCAGGCAGAGAAACGGGGAAGACAUAGGUCUGACCCUUUGGCCAGCUCAUUCUAAUAAAGACAAAUUAGCUUUUUUUUGGUUCUUAAGCAGGCCAUUAUGACAGACUAGGGUGCCUCCUAGGCAGAAAGGCAUUUCAAAAUAUUGUGUACAGAAAAUGUCAUCUACAAUUAGUGUGUGGGACAUUACUUUAAUGAUAUUUUAGUUGCAUAUAUUCAAAUGUUAAGAACUUGUUUUGUGUUCCACACUUUAUUUGGUAUUACAAUUCCUUUUAUUAUUUUGUUCUAAACUAUAUCUUUAUGGCAAGCAUCAAUUCUUUACACAGGGUGAGGUUUUCCCCCAUCCUUACCUGAUAUAUCAUAUGUGCAUCAGGUAUUACCUCCUUUGUAAACAAAACGAAACAGAAACCUAAUGUCUACAAGUAUAUCUCAAUCUGUAAAUCUAAAUUUAUGUAAAUCUAAAUUUCAUAUUUACCUAAAGUGUACAUUUUAAAAAAUUGCUACCUCUAUUAUAGUUAUAGUUACAAUUCUGAAGCCAUUUGGUGGACCUUGAUGAAACUCUCCAGCCUUAGGCUGUUAUGCCAACACACUAAUGCCAACACACACAUUCAAAACAGAAUUCAAAGUAGGAGUUGCUUCCAAAUAAAUGUGCUUAGGUACUGGUGCUAAUGGUAAUGGUAAUACGUACACAGUUUGUAGCAAUGUUAGAUCAUAUUCUUAGACACUCUUACCUGGGAAUGAAGCUACAGUCCCACAUCCCUUUAUUUGUGAGUAAGCCCCUUAAUUCAGACUUACCUCUGAGUAGACAUGUGUAGUGUUGCACUGUUAGUUGGGUUCUUUCCAUUUAACAUUUUACGCUAUAUUGACAUGUCCAUUGAAAUCUAGAUGAGCUCUCCGACGGCAGCAGUCUAAUGACCUGUUUGCUCCCAUCAAGACAGUGGUGGCUAUGCAGCUUCAGAGAACGAGAGACACUGACUACAUGAGCAGAUAUCUGCCCAGCCUCCUGCCCUCCAAGCGUUUUGUACUACAACUCCCAUCAGCCCCAGCCAACAUAGGCAUGUUCAGGGGUGAUGGAAGUUGUAGUCUGAAACAUCUGAAGGGCACCAGGUUGGGGGGAACCAAUGGGGGAGGCUUCUUCUCCUGCCAGGGGGAACUACAAGCCCUCCCUCCACUCAACAGGCCUAUAAUAAUGAUGGACUUUUUGCCCUUGUAUGGUGAUUGGAUUAAUGAAUCACUUUUGCUGGUACCCACUUCGUUUUCAGAUUUCUGCCUCCAGUAUCUUGAGGAUUGGUCUGUCCUAGCAUUGUUGUUUCUUGCAUACAUUGGCAUCUACUGUUUUGGGGAAAUUGGAUGGUCCCUGUGAACUGGGGGUGAUGGGAAGGGCACAGAAUCUUGGUGGGAUUGGUUGUAGCAUUGAAAGCACCAAAUUCUUGGUGUCUCCAUGCGUGAAGCAAAAAAGGUUAUGAUUUCAUUCCAGGAUCAAGCAAAUGAAGGUUUUCAGCUGUGGGGGAUGAAGCCUUUACCUUAACUUUGCUUUGUUAGGAAAGAAAGAGAGAAAGCUGCAUAGAUUUCCCUUUCUGUAGCGCUACCUGUGUCAUAUAAAAAUGAAUAUUCUUUGUAAAAUAGAUUCAAAAUCAUCUUUAAUAACAAUCAUUGAAAGCUAAGAGGUAAGUAUAUUGGAGUUGCUUUACAUUCCUUCAUUAUAGACAUGUUUUAAAAAAUGGCCAGCAGCUCUUGGACAGAUUUUCCCCUAGAUUUUCUCAUGCACCAUUUUUCUUAUUUAAAGAAGGGUUCGUGUAUAUAAGGUUCUGUCAAAGAAGUUGAGGAUUUAAUUGAAUUCUGACUGCUCUGUUUUUGUUUUAUAAUAGCAGGCGCAUGCAGGGACUCCAGUAACAGGAACUGUGAAUACCAUAGAAAUUGAAGCUUUUAAGAGACAACAGGCACUUACAUCAGCAGGUAUGGUUCCUUUCAGUGGAACUUUGAUCAUCCCUUUCGGCUGUUAACACCAGGACCAUCUUAAAUCUAGUGCUUACUUUUUAAAAAGCGUGCUUCAGUGUGACCAUGUGGCCUGUUCGUUGCGAUGGGAGUUUUGGCUUAUGCCAUGUGCUCCUCCCACAGCCAGUAAGCUGGAUUUCACAUGGGCAUGGUGUGCAUUUGAGCCAACUACUGCCCUGAUGCUGUACUUUUCCACAGUAGAGCCGUAGAUAAACAGAAAGCCGAAUUUAAAACUCACGGGGCAUCUUUUUAAAACACUGUAACCUGAACCCCUUCCACUAUACCCUGCCGUAAAUGGAAUUUGAAUAUCACCAGAUUCGUCUAAGAGACCCCGAAUUGAAGUGGGCCGUCAUGGGAUGGUUUUUCAGCAUCCAGGUGUGACUUCAGGAGUCCCUCUUCAACAACUCAUGCCAACAGCACAAGGUACUGUGUUGCCACAUGCCAACCGCAAAUUAAUUUAGCAAGGGGGGGCAUUGGCACCAGAAGCAGAAACCUCACAAAACACAGCCUUUCUGAUCUCUGGUUCUGCCCUAUGCUUUCCCCUUGUAAAUUAAUAUUUGGUGUGAAAUGCCUCGUUCCCUUUGAAGGAGCUGAGUGGUAGGCUCCAGUAGUGCAUGUGGGCCUGGAAAAUGGCCACGCGAGUUGAUGCGGAAUCAUUCACUUGGGAGUUUUCCAGUUUGCAAGAAGGGUGGUUCUCUUUUAGACGUUUUUCAUUUUAAUUCCACAUUAGUUCUUGCAUUUGUGUGUAUUUUGUUUUGUUUUUGCUUACAAUUAACCGUGUCAACAACAUUUUAAGACCAUAGGACAUGUAGGUGACCAUUUAAAAAAGUUGUUCGUGUUGUGUUGUGUGUACGUGACUCAUGAUUGGAAAAAACCAUAAGAUUUUGUGCAUGGUAGAUUGAUGUUGACCGAAUUUCUUACUGCGGUUCACCAAUGCUAAUCUUACUUUAAGUGAUGCUGUAAGUGUGUCAAAGUAAGUACAGUUGUACCUCUGCUUACGUAUCCCUCCGCUUAUGUAAACUUCAGGAUACGUAAGUGGCAAGCCUGGAAGUAUAUUUCUGAAUUUUUGCCGCAUGCGCAGAAGCGGUCUCUCCGGUUGCAGAAACCUUAGGAUCUGACCGGAGCUCCGGAACGGAUCCCUUCCGCAACCGGAGGUACCACUGUGAAGAGUUAACUUUUAUCUCCUUGACAUGCUCUGGUGUCCUACAAGUCCAAAAGCCUUGGCUUGUGUAAUUCAGCUCUUUCCAUUUUUCUUCUUGCUUGCAGGUGGAAUGCCUCCCACCCCUCAAGUGGUACAGCUCACUGGGCAGAAGCAGAGCCAGCAACAGUAUGACCCCUCCAAAGGGCCUCCUGUGCAGAAUGCGGCAAGUCUCCACACUCCUCCGCCUCAGCUGCCUGGGAGGCUGCAGUCAAGCAAUGUCCCCCUCCCACCUCUCCCAGCGACCCUGCAGCUUACGCAGCCGCCACAGCCGCCGAUCACAGACUCUCUGGCGCAACCUCAGAUUCACGUGAAGGCCCAGCCGCAAAGCGUAUCCGUUGCCGCUGCCGUGCCGCAUGGCCAAGUUCAAGUGCCACUUCAGCAGCAGGUUCAGUCAGCGGCACUUGUACAAGGGCAGAUAACAGCCCAGGUAUCCCAAGCACAAGCUCCAGCACAGCAACAGGUAUUUGGGCAGGAGCAUGUGAAAAUGUAGCCUUGGUGAAAAGUCUAUCCAAAAUGUUUAUUUAUCUUAUUUAUCUGUCUAUACGUGCAAUCUCAGGAACUCCAGCCUGCACUUCUACAGGCACCACACUGUUUCCAUUCUGCAUUUGCAAGAAGUCAUUCCUUUGGUGUGGUAGCAUCUGUACUUUGCAACUCCCUGCCUGUUGAUAUCAGGCAGGUACCAUCACUGUAUUCCUUUAGACUCACCUGUUGAAAAAACAUUCUCUUUCAGCAGGCCUGUUAGACACAUGAUUUUUUUAAAAAUCAGAUGUUUUAUUGUGUUGUUUUUAGACUUUUUUUACAACUUUAAAAUGUUUCAAAUGUGUUAUCAUUUCAUUUUUUGCUGCCCUGAACCAAGGGCUGCAUAUAACUUGAGUGAAUACAUGGAAAAGUAAGGGGCUGGCAGGUCCCGUCUAGAAAUACAUAACUGGCCAGUCAAAUGUGUGUUUUGCAGCUGACCAGCUUGUUCCUUUUUAUGGAGGGUAAGCAGUCAUGCAAACAGGCUUCAACACAGGGGUACCACUAACAGAAUUAUUUUCUAUUCAAGUGUGAUACCAGGAUACCAGGGUGCACACAUGUGGAAAUGCCUUCUUAAAAAUACAUGCAAGAUGGGCAGCUGAUCAUUUUCCAGUCACUGCUCACAUCAGGAGAGAAGCAGCUAGAAUGCACAGGCAUUCAUUUCGGAUACACGACUUGCAUACUUUGUUCUUACACAUCGUAACCAAUGCCUAUCUAGGUGCUCAUAGGUGGUCUAGAUUUGAACAUUCCUUGUGGUUUCCUUCCCCCCCGCCAGGUGAAAGCUGAAGUUAGAAUGAGGAGAUUUAUUGGGGGGGGGGUGUAACUGACAUUGUCUCCCAACACUCCCCUGCUUUUCAUGUUUUAUGGUUACAGUUGCAGUUGUUAGAAUCCAAACCAUGUAGUAUGAACCCCUGAAUUGGCAGAGAGUUUCAGUUGGCAUGCUUACUGCAACUUAAAAAGCUAUAAAUGAAUAAAUUCAUGAGAACAAACAUCUUUAAGGUGAAUUGACAUUUGAUGUUUUAUCUUUUAUAUUCUGCUGGAUACUGCCCAGGGUGGCUGGGGAAACCCAGCCAGAUGCGCAGGGUAUAAAUAAAAUGAUGAUGAUGAUACUGCUACUACUACUACUACUAAUAAUAAUAAUUUGUGUUACUUACAUGUGUAUAUUUGUGUACCCAGAGUGAGGCUAAUCAAGAUUAAGGAUGUCUCAGUUCUCAGUGGCUUCUAUUGACUUCCAUAGAACAAGGAAAAUGGAUGUGAUGGGUGCUGCUUUUAGGGAUGAUGAAUGCAAAGGCUACCCUCAGUUUCUGACAUUGGGUGACAUGGCCUUUACUUGUAGGUAAACUGUAGCUCUUCAAGCUUGGGAUGGCACUUGCUUGUUUGCUCAUCUUUGCAGUACAAAGGCAUCGCACCAGGCACCUCACAGGCUAAAACAGCUGGUGUUUCCUAUGUGCUGUUGUAACUGGCUACAGUAGUAUUUUCUUUGAAACAGCCUGGUUUGCAUAAUUAGGCCAAUAUUUGGUCGGUGUGUCUUUGUAUCAUACUGUAUUACAAAUGGCAGCAGUGUCUCACUGCUGAACCCCUUUCACUUGGUCUUUUUAACAUGGAUGUGUGCCUUUCACAGGCAGUGACCCCAGCGCGACCUUCGGCAGACACCGUCCAAAAUUCCCAGCGUCUUCCAGCAAGUGUGCUUCCUCCUACCUCAUCCAACCCACCAGCAACUGUUUCCAGCGUGGCACCACAGCCCACUUACCCGACACAAACCAGUCGAACUUCGCCGGCGACAAAUAAAGCAACUUCUCCUAUUGCUUCCAAGCCCCCAGGCUUGGCUGUGACAGCAGCACCAAAGAUUCAGAGUCCGGCUCAAAAUACAACAGUUCUAGCACAGGACAGCUCCCAAGAGAAGCUGGCAGAACAAGUUAAGCUGGUAAGAAAACCCACCGCACAAUCCGAUGCCAGAAUUCCCAGUAUGCACACAGAUUAUUCAUUUUUUUAAAAAAGAGAAGCUUUGAGGUGAUGGCUGGAUUCUUUUGCUGCUGCUUGAGAAUAUUUGCAAUAUCAUCUGCCUUACGAUUAGCGGCAAUGAACAAGGAGACCCUUUGUUAGCGUUGUUGAGUUUCUCAGAACAACCUUCCCUGAUUGCAGAUCAAAAGCAGAACUUGGGUUUGUCCUCUAGCCGUGAUUUGAUUCCAGACAGUUGCAACGGUUUCUUUUACCAUCCCAGUUAGACAUAGUUCAGGAAAGAUUACUUUAGGUGCCUCUCUUUCCACAGGUUUCCUGAUCUUUCAGAUAGCAGCUAACCACAGGGCACCCAUCUCAAUCCUGAUAAACUGAUAAGUCACCACAGAUGCCAGUCUGAUGGGAUGGGGCAUAAACUGCCUAGAUCUUGCAGUGUGGGAGGUGUGUUCUUUCUAGGUAUCCAGACAUAGCAUCAGCUGACUGGAAGUCAGAGCAAUGAAUCUUGGCCUAUGUGCCUUUAAACCCUUUCUCUACUAAUGCCAUGUCCUGGUGAGGAUAGACAAUAUAACAACCAAGGCCUGUGUGAACAGACAGCAAUACCCAGGCCCAACACCCUAAGCAUCCAGACCGAAUCCCUUCUCAUCUGAACAGAGGCCAACCUGUUGCCCGUCUUGGCACAGCUCAUAGGACAAAUUUUAUUACUUGAAUUUCUAAACUAUGGAUCUGGGAAAGUGGGCCUUGUCUCAAGAGGUACUUCAAGUGUGCUUCUGCCCUCCUCUCUUGAAUUUUUUUUGCAUCUCCAGAAAAUGCAAAACCACCUUACGUUCCUAUGGUACCUUUUCAUUUGAGCAGAGAGCAUAGAUGUGUUUCACUCUACUGGGCUGAGGGGCCUCCUGUAUGUCUUUAUUCCCAUCCUCUCCGCCUGUCCAGAGUGCUGAGAGAAAAAAAGGUGGAAAGGGCUACUCUGUGUUUCUGGUUGCCCCUCAAUGACUGAGGAGGCCUUAGAUUUCAGAAAUCUCUGUGAGUGUGACAUCUCCCCCAGUCCCACUUUACUAGGGUCCGGUACUGCUCCCAGAUCCUAGCUGGCUGCAUCCUGGUGACUGAAUAGUAGGCUCUCCUCAAUUUUGGAGGUGUAGCCUGUGGAAUAUAUGAGACAACCUGGAAGGCCUUCAUAAGGUGCUUCUGCUGAUAAAGCCUAGACUACUAAGAUCUCUUCAGGGUGGCCUGGACCAGGGACUUGAGCCCAACAGCCUAUACAAGCAGGCUUCAUCUCCCUCUUCCGUACUGUGAAAUAAAGGAAUCCAGCCACAUUUACAACCCUCAUGUAGUCCAUAGGUUAUCUUGGAGUCUUCUGAGAGUCUUCUGAAGCUCUCACAUUCAUUUUCUUUGAACCUGAUAAGGAGGUGCCACUUAACUACUUACUUUGAAGGUAGCUUUUCUGGUGGCCAAUAAUUGCAGCUCACAGAAUAUCUGAACUGGGGGUCCUAUCCGUGAGUAGUCUACACUGACGGAGCCAUCCUGUGGAUGUAUUCCUGAGGUGACCUCAGCCAUCCAUUUUGUGUAGGAGCUGAUUCUUCCAUAUAUUGACCUGAUACGUCAUAAAGCUUAACAUUACAGUGUAUUCCCUACUUUUCCUGGGCAGAAGGAUUACUUAACCCAUUACCUACUGAAAGUGUUCAAUCCAAAACAGAAAGGUCAUUCAUGACAGGUGCCCAUUGUGCCUUUUUAUUUAAGUGGGCCUUUUAAUCCAACUUGUUUCCAUUCAGUGAGCUGUAACCCCUCCACCCCCUGAAAUAUAUUACAUGACAAUGCUUCAGGUAGCUGAAUUACCUUUUCACCUGUUGCUGUUGAUGUUUUCUUUGGCCUAUUGGAAGUACAAUUUAUUUCCAACAACACCCAUUUUUAUUGCUUGCUUGCUUCAAUAAGGAAAACCAAGUCCAUCAACGAAUAGCAGAGCUGAGGAAGGAAGGUUUGUGGUCUCUGAGACGGCUGCCCAAACUUCAAGAGGCUCCCCGACCCAAAUCUCAGUGGGAUUAUCUCCUGGAAGAAAUGCAGUGGAUGGCAACAGACUUUGCUCAAGAAAGGAGGUGGAAGAUGGCCACUGCUAAGAAGGUAUUGUUGUGUUUCAUUUGUACUGUAUUGGCGAAAUGUUGUUGUUAAUUAAAUUUAUGUACCUCCCUUCAUCUAAAGAUCACAGGGCACAUUACAACAUAAAAACUCAAAAUAAAACCACAAACUACUUAACAUUAUAACCAAAACAAUAACACCCCCAGACACAUUUAAAAGGCCAUAGAUCGGGGUCGGCAAGUUUUUGUGGCUUGGGCUGGUUCCCGUUCCCGCAGAUGCUGCGGUGGGCCAGAGUGUGUGCAUGCGCAAAUGCUAUUUCCGUUGCUCCUUCCGGCACAGAGGAGGUGUGUACAGCUUCCCAUUGACUGAAGGAGCUUCCUGCAGCCAAUGGGAAGCUGACAAGCAUCGCGGAAGGUGGUCUCUGCUCUGCUCCACGCUGGUUUAGCGCAGCGCACGGGAGCCGACCGAGUGGGAGUCCAUGGGCCGGUUAAACGACCCCCAUGGGCCUCAGGCUGCCAACCCCUGCCGUAGAUUGUUUAAUCAACCAAAGGCCUGGUUGAAGAGGAACUUCUUUGCCUGGUGCCUAAGGAGAUGUAAUGCAGGCAUCAGGCGAGCCUCCCUGGGAAAAGCAUUCCACAAAUGGGGUCUCCACCACAUGUCUUCUCAUGGAGUGGGCACACGAAGAAGGAUCUUGGGUGAUGAUCACAGAGUAUGGGUUGGUUCAUAUGGGGAGAGGCGAUCCUUGAGGUAUUGCAGUCCCGAUCAGUUUUAAGGCUUUAUAGGUCAAAACCAGCACUUGGAAUUAGGCCCGGAAACUGAUUGGCAGCCAGUUCAGUCAGGUCAGGAUUGGUGUUAUUUGCUCAAACUGUCUUGUGCCAGUGAGCAACCCGGCCUCUGGCCUUCUCAGUAGCUGUUUCCAGACUUAGGAACUUUCUCCCUAGAGCAGCUAUAGACUGAUUCAAUCCUUACUUUUCCUUCUGCUGGCUGGUGAAGACUUACUUGUUUCAACAGGCUUUAGGGAACUGACUGCUUUUAAUGAAAGUGCCGGUGCCAUGCUGCUUUUUCGUAAUUAUUGAUAUGGUUUUAAUAGAUUUUUUAAGUAUGUAUAUAGUUUUCAAUUUAUCAGUGUUUAAUUGCUUUUUAACUAUUUUUUUUUUACUACGUUUUUAGAGGUUCUUAUUUUUAUCUGUAAGCUGCCUCAAGUCCCAUCAGGAAAAAUAAUAAUGGUAAUAGUAGUAGUAGUAGUAGUAGUAGUAGUAGUAAUAAUAAUAAUAAAUUUGCGCCAGCGUUGGUUUCCAAACCAUCUUCAGAGGCAGCCACAUGCAUAACAUGUUGCAGUAAUCUAACCUAGAGGUUACCAGAGCAUAGACAACAGAAGUUAGGCUAUCCCUGCCCAGUAGGGGUGCAGCUGGGCCACCAGCUAAAGCUGAUGGAAGGCACUCUGUGCCACCAAGGCCACCUGAGCCUCAAGUGACAGCAUUGGAUCCAACCUCUACAGCUAGAAUAGGAAUAGGCAAGUUCUGUUCUGAGGGACUGCACUGUUUCCAGACUAUAGGCAUGGUGGCUCUUUUGCCUCGCAAAUUUAGGUUUUCUGUUUUUUAUUUUCUUAAAAUUUCUCCUGUGCUUGAGUAUAAUGGAGGUUUUCCUUCCUGGUUGUGAUAUUGAAAUUCCUGGUCUCCCCUAACAAAUGGUUAAUACGAUUGUUGUUAAUAUGGCGUGUAAGCCCUCAAAUGGCUUUUGUUAACAAAGAGCAAAGCCUGCAGUAAGCUCUUAAUGCUGGGAAAGCUUAAGUGACAAGGAGGGCUCAGUGUCCUCCAUGCUAGGGAGUUUCUGUUUCAAUUUCAGAAGUAACAGUGAAAACCUAGUUUUGGUUUAUCUGCAUCCUGUUACGCUUGACAAAGUCUAAUUCCUUUUCCAGAAAUUUCCUGUUUCUGCCUUCACUUGGCAGUUUGCUUUUCAGUCCCACAAAAGUGGAGCCCAUAACCCACCCCCCGUCUACAUGAAAGCUCCCAGGUUCAGUCCCUGACAUUGCCAGUUUAAUAUAUUGGGUAGCAGGUGCUGUGAAAACCUUUUGCUUGGGACUCUGGAGAGCCACUGCCAGCCACAGAAAACCAGCUUUCCUCAAUUUGGUGCUCUCCAGAUGUUGUUGCACUCUGGGCUCCCAUCAGUCCCAGUCACUGUGGCUAAUGGUCAGGAGUGAUGAGAGCUGUGGCUCAACAACAUCUGGAGGGCACCAGGUUAGGAAAUUCUGGAGCAGACAGUACUGAAAUGGAUGAACAAAUAGGCUAACCUGCAAUACAGCAGUUUUCCUGGAAGCUGGCUACUCGAUAAUUACAUAUGCUAAAAUGGCCGUACACAUAGUUGUAAAAAACAAAAGUUUAUUGGCAUGGAAGAAUCCUUUCUCAUUGUCAUUGUCAUUUUUAUUAGAUGGUCCGGACUGUGGCUCGAUACCAUGAAGAAAAGAAGCUUAAUGAAGAGAGGGCCAGGAAAGAAGAACAGAACAAGCUGAGGCGCAUUGCUGCGACGAUCGCAAGAGAAAUAGAGUAUUUCUGGUCUAAUAUUGAGCAGGUAGUGCUUUCCUUUUCCUUUGCCACUCAGCAGUCAAGCGGUAUUGGUUUUUAAAGCCUUAUGCCACAAUCCUUCAAAAUAAAACCUUGCGUGGAAAUAAGUCCUGUUGUGAACCCAGUGAAACUUAACUUCUGAGUAGACAUGCAGUAUAUAUUGUGUUGCACGUCAUGUUUAAUUAUUUGUUUAAAAUAUCAAAUACUUCAUUUAAAGCAUUUUAACCUCCUAUUUGAAGGCUCUUUGAGUGGCUUCCAGCGAUUAGCAGUCUCUUUUACCACCUUGGCUCUCUUAAAUCUUCUCCAUAUCUUGUUGUUUUUUUCACUGCCUCCUGAAGGGGGGGAGCAGAGUGAGCUGCUGGCAGCUGCUCCCUUGCUGGUGUGGAGGGUUGCAGUAUAUAGAGGAGUACAAGUAAAAAUCGGAUGCCCUGAAUUGUAGGAUACAACCGCCUUAUCUCCGCUAAGAUAGUUUUAAGGUCUUCAAUGUUAGCUGAUGGUUCUGUCUGUCACAUUUCAUACCCACCUUUAGGUUGUGGAAAUAAAGCUUCAGAUUGAAUUUCAAGAGAAAAGGAGAAAAGCGUUAAAUUUAAAGCGACGACAUUCCAGGAGAGGUAAGAAUUGCUACUUUUGGAUUGCUUUCUGCAAACGAGGCCGCUGCAUAAAUUGCAGGAUGUGUGUUGUUGCUCAAAGAUAGAAUGCCCGCUGAUAACUACGGUAGUAUACUGAGAAUGGUGUAAAUACCUUUGCAUUCUGCAGUACAUCUGGAGAUGCCUUAACUAAACAGCUACCCUAAUCUGCUUGCUCUCCAUGCUGUUCCUACUAGUGCUGCCUUAAUCUUUGUUUAUUAAAGGGUUAAAAAAAUUUUUUAAUACAAACUUUACAGGACAGGCAAUGCUAAGUGUUUCCCUUACAUUGCAAGUUAUAGACAGUUUUUUAUUCUUCUAUAUUUGCUUAAAGAUUUUAUAUUUCUUGUAUUUGCAUUGAGAAUUGCGAAAGGUUCACAAUGAACCCUAUGGUCUCUCAACGAAUAGUCACCUGUUCUUCUUUACUGUGCAAGAGUACGUAGCAUUGGGUCCUUUCUCUUUCUAUGUAUUUAUUUUCCCCUUGUUUCUAGGAAAUAUAAAUGUUAGGCUAAUAAAUGCAGGAAGUGUUUAGUGACUUAUAAGAGGCAUAACACCUAACAAUUUUACAGGUAAAGAUGCAAGACAUUUAGAAGAUAUUCUUAUGGACAAAGAAACAGACGUGGUAAGAUUAUCUAUAGGUUAAUGGCUUUUGCAAAUAGCAAAGUAUAUCAUGGAGUCCCCUAACUAAAUCCCAUGGGAUGUCAGGUGACACAGUUUUUGUACACUGUUUCCCUAGCGCUGACAAUCAGCUGAUCGUCAGUGCUAAGGAAGCCCUGCGCACAACCCUUCUCACCCAAACCCGACCUUUACCUGGCCUGCAUCUGAUCAUAUACAGUGUCAAGUGUAGGGCAGGUGAAACAGUCUUGCAGGAGUCCUGGUGGGCCUCCUUAGGCCUGCAGGUGAGUGGUUUUCCAACUCUGAUUUAUAGAGAGAGGCCCAUAUAGAAAUGUAUCUUUUUCCCGUCCUCUUGACCCAUAGAAGCAAUGUGUUUCAAUAGCUUGGUUAAGAUCCUCACAAAGUUUUAUUUGGAAUAGUGAAAUGUAGCAAGAAGCAAGAGCUAUGUCGAUGUCUCUCUUAGUUUUCCAGCUGCCAGUCAUGGCAUAAAGUUGGCACACUUUAUGGAUGGGGCUUGGAUCUUACAAAUACAAGGAAAUAUGCCUGAGUUGUAGGAAUCUUUUGUCUUCCCUUUGAUGAAAUUAGCAGGAAGAAGUAAUUGCAUUUUGACUUUAAACUUAGGGACCCUUGUUUCAAACAGGAAGUGUUAGGUAGAGGUCUCCUCUAGAUAUUACUGUGUGUGGCAUGUAUACCCUUGCUGCUUUUAAAAUUUAUUGGAAACAUUUAUAUGUAUUUUCAGGGGCCAUGGACAUCUGGAAGAAAAAGAAAGGCAAGCACUUCAUUGACAGAUGAUGAAGGUUGGUCACUUAAUAUACAGUGGUACCUCGGUAUACGAACUUAAUCCGUUCCUUAAGUCCGUCCUUAAACCAAAUCCAUUCUUAAACCGAGGCACGCUUUCCCUAUUGAGGCCUCCCGCCGCCGGUGCCCUUCCACUGUUCAGCUUCCAUUCAUAGACUGAGGUAAAGUUUGCAAACCAGAGCACUACUUCCGGUUUUGUGGAGUUCGUAAACUGAAUAGUUUGUAAACAGGACUGUUCGUAAACUGAGGUACCACUGUAGUAAUUUACAGCUCUACUGUUUUAAUCUCAGCUGAUCUCACCCAUUUCUCUGUAAAUCUGAUAAAACUGAUGGGGCCUGCAGAAAAUGGUGAGGUGUGGAAAGCUCCUGUUCAUGAUGCUCCAUUGCAUCCCCCUUAUCUCUAGGUUCCCCACCAGGUCAGUCAGAAUUCUGUGGCUACUGAGCACGCUCAGUGCUCACUGGGCUCUUGUAGGGGAUGGGGAUUGUCACCUCAAGGUAUUCUUCCUAAAGAUUUGUUGGUACUUCUGCAAACCUCGUGAGUUCCCUGACCCUGUCAAUGCCUCCCACUUGUCCAUGGAUGGUGCCAUUUUGACUUUGUAAAGGAUUGGAACUCACAUAGCUGCCUUUCAGCCAUGCAGUUCCCAAGGGUGGCUUAGAAUAAUUUAAAUUGCUCUCACAAUGGAAAAACCACACCAGAAACCCAAAGGAAUUAGUGAAUUUUUAGAGUGGAAAGAGAGGGAGAGAAAAGUACAGCUUAAAAAUACAGAAAUCUGUUAAAUGCCACAAAAUUACUGGUUUGGAAACUUCAAGCGGUGCAGAAUUCAGCGGCUAGUUUGCUCACUGGGGCAAGAUGGUUUGACCAUAUAACUGGCUCUGCUGCGCUGGCUGCCAAUUAGUUUCUGGGCCCAACUCAAAGUGUUGGUUUUGACCUCUAAAGCCUUAAACGGCUCAGGACUGCAAUACCUCAAGGACCAUCUCUGCCCAUAUGAAUUGACCUGGACCCUGUGAUUAUACUCUGGUCCUUCUACACGUGCCCUCUCCACGAGAGAAUGGGUGGUGGCUCCCCAUUGUGGAAUGCUUUCCUCAAGGAGGCUUGCCUGUCACCUUCACUACAUCUCCUUAGGCGCCAGGCGGAAACGUUCCACUUCAAACAGGUGGAACAAUCUAUGGCCUUUUAAACGGUGUGUGUGUGUGUGUGUGUGUGUGUGUGUGUGUGUGUGUGUUAUUGUUUUGUUUGUUGUUAUGGUAUGUGGUUUUUGUGUUUUUCUAUUUUAAACUGCCCUGGGAUCUUUGGCUGAAGGGUGGUGUAUAAAUUUAAUUAGAUGAUGAUGUAGUAGUAUGUAGAAUAUGACCAUGAAGAAGGUUUUGUCAUGUCUGGUAGCUGCCUGCCUCAUCUUUGAAGGCACGAAGUCCUGGAACAGGUCCUCGAGUGAAAAUCUUGAUCCAGGUGUCCUCACCCUUUUUGGGGCCUGGUGGCACAUUACGAAAUAAUGAGAAACUGUUAUAGGCACCACAUAGUGCCCAUUUCACUUAAAGGAAUACUGGUCAUGCUCAGAGAGACACCCCUCAGCAGGCAAGUUACCACAUGUGCUCCCCCACAUAAGCGCAGGCAACUCCCUUUGCAGCAGCUAGCUCCUCUGAAACAAACCAACAAUAUACACACUACUGCUGCAUUCAUAAUAAAAAUAAAUAAAAAUAGGCAUACGCAAAAAGCAGGAAGCAUCCUGUAAUGAGUAUGGGUUGCUUGUGCGUAAGUUGCCGCCUCUCCUGGCUAUGUUGCCUGGUUAAACCUUUCUGUCUGGACAGCCCUUUACUUCGUGGCUGCCUCAGUCGCUAGCAGAAUCCGUCAGUGGGCGUUUCUUAAACCUUUUCCAACAUAAAAGUUGUUUGACGCCAAGUCUCCUCGUACUCUCCCUGCGUGGAAGUCUUCUGCGCAGGGAGGGCGUGGGUAGCGGAGGACCCGUGCUCUCCCCACUGGUGUCCGGUGAAGAGUCCUGGAGCCAUCUCGCCGAUUCCCCCAUCUGCCCCCCUUUAUCCCGGGUGUUGCGCUGAUUUGCUUCCCAAUCUGCUGAGCUGCCUCUCUCCUGCUGGGCCCUUCUCCAGCAUCAUUUGAGAGCCUUUCCUCCGCCUCUAGCUCCGAUGUCAGUUCCCUGACACAUCCCUUCUCAAAAAGCAGCAAACAAAAGGUCAGGGGAAAAGCCACACCCUAUUUUUGCCUCCAUUUCUCAAACUUACUGGGUAAUGGCACCUUUACCAGGAGUUUCAGCAGGAGUGUGGAAAGCUCAGAUUCCUCUCCAGCUGCCCCACUCUCUCCCUUUCCUUUUAAAUACGUGAAGGGAAGAAGGCAGGGCAGCUUAGAAGAAGAAGAGUUUGGAUUUGAUAUCCCGCUUUAUCACUACCCGAAGGAGUCUCAAAGCGGCUAACAUUCUCCUUUCCCUUCCUCCCCCACAACAAACACUCUGUGAGGUGAGUGAGGCUGAGAGACGUCAGAGAAGUAUGACUAACCCAAGGUCACCCAGCAGCUGCAUGUGGAGGAGCAGAGACGCGAACCCGAUCUCCAGAUUACAAGUCUAUCGCUCUUAACCACUACACCGCACUGGCUACAUAUUGUUUUCCAGCCAGUCCAGUUGUUGCCCAAGUUUAAAAAUAAAAAAGUUCCAAACUUUAAAAGGUUUCAGACUUAAAGAGAAUAUCAGCAUCUUAGCUGGUGCUAAGGGUAAGUGUGUGUACAUAUCUGGGGGUGCCGUGGGGACCCCAGCUCUUGGAGUUGGAGUCUACAAGAGAUGCUUAGGUGCAUGUAUUAUGAAUGGGUGUAUCUUUAGCACUAUGUUUGAUUUUUAGUUCUUUUUACACGGGCAGGGUGGGAAGGCUAUAUACUGUAAUGCUAAAGGUGACAAGCUGAAUCUUUCGCCAGCACCAUGCAGCUUCCUACACUCAACUUGAUACAUUGAAUUUGUGUUGUCUUCUAGUUGAAGAUGAAGAGGAAACCAUCGAAGAGCAGGAAGCUAAAGAAGGCAAUGUCAAUCAUCAAAGUGAGCUAUCCACUUUGGCAAAGGAAGGUGAGUCCAAAGACUUCUGAAUAGCAUUUCCACUGAAUGACUGAGAAUAUAUGCCUGGAAUAUAUGCCUGAGAAUAUAUCCCUUUCUCUUUGCAUGCUGCUUUCAGCCUUAGGUAAAGGUAAAGGUACCCCUGCCCAUACGGGCCAGUCGUGUCCGACUCUAGGGUUGUGCGCCCAUCUCACUUAAGAGGCCGGGGGCCAGCGCUGUCCGGAGACACUUCCGGGUCACGUGGCCAGCGUGACGAAGCUGCUCUGGCGAGCCAGAACCAGCGCAGCACACGGAAACGCCAUUUACGCUUUCAGCCUUAGCAUCACUGAUAUUCUUGUUGACUUCUUAUAUAUUUGGAGAGGUGGUAGGCUAGACUCUUGGAGUUCAAAACGCUUUCCAAUUCAUAUGUUGGAACAUGGCACAGAUAAGAAAUGCAUGAUGGUCUGGUUCACACAUAGCGAAUGGUUUACUGUGAACACGCUGAUCUUUAUGUUGUUUCAUUCCUCCCUGCUAGUGCACGGGGAAACAAACCACAAUCCUUGGCUUAGUCUUCCAUCUGUACCAGUGAAUUCUGGUUUGUUUUGCUCCAAACAAAUCAUGGCUGGCAAACCAAGAACAAACCUUGACUUAUCACUAUGGUUUGUUUUGAGUGAAACAAGCCAUAACCUCUGGUUUGGUCAUAAUGCUAAGUUAUUGUGUGUGUAACGAAGGAGGUUAGUCCGGAUCAGGAGUCUUUCUCUCUACCCUCCCCCUCCGCUUCCCAUCAUCCAUAGAUGCUCCUUGGUUAGACUUGGUCAUACCAUACUACUCCGUAUUGGUUUGAGCACUUAUGAGACCAGCUGUGGAAGGAGCAUGGAGAUCCAUUUGGAAAAAACCAAAAACUCGAGAGGUGAUAGGGAAGGAGUGGCGUGACAUAAUGCCCCUGUAGCUGAGAAAAAGAAAUUCAGAAGGAGGCUGAACCACCUUCCCCCUGGUCAGACUCUGCAUCUGUGAAUGAGUCCUCUUUUUCCUCUCCCAGGCCUCCCAAUGUCUGUGGGAACUCUGCUCUCUGGUGAGCCUGGGCAUUUAACCUCAUUUGUGAUCUUAAUUAAAUUGAAACUUGAGAAUGCAGACAAAAAAAAAAGUCUUUUCUGCUCUAGAAACGAAUACCUUCCAAAAUGACCCUCCAUCCAUCUGUGAAACAUUUUUUAAAAGUGCUCUGUUGAUGUUAACAUGAAAGCCUUGCGUGGAUGUUAAUUAGGAAGUACCCUUUUAAAAAUAACAUUGUCCUGUCUAAAAUGGUUUUCAUCGUGCUCUGCUUUGGUGCUAAGUAACUGCAACGGCAUCACACUUUGCUUUUUCAAUCUCAUUUAGCUGAACUGUCGUUGGAUGAUUUGGUGAAGAUGUAUGAAGGUGCCUUUGCCGAGAAUUUUCACUGGCCCCAGCCAAAGCCUGAAGAAGAGACUAGUGAAGAAGGUAUAUUUUGGUGGCGUUUCAUUCCAAAAUGCCAUUGAGCUGCUCUGACCUUUUUAAGGAGAAUGUUUUGCAUCCACAGUUCCGCAGAUGUGUUUUUUUUUUCUUUUAAAUUUAAGUAGCCUACCUUCAUCCUGUGUCCUUGGGAUGGUUAAUAUAAUAAUACUUCAUAUUGAUGUAGAUCUUUAGAAUUUUCAGAGGAUUCUGUCUAGGAAUCCGUGCAACGGCUCUGUCAGCAUUGUAAUCUUAUCGCAGAUGAUGGGUGGAAUUAAAGCUGAGUAUGAGAGUUUGUUUAAGACCACCUAGUUGCAACCUUGUAAAUUUGAACUAUAAGGGGAUAUUCAUUCUUAAACUGCUACAAUACACCAACAGUUUAUUUGCUCAUGCUUUAACGUUAGGAAGGUUGCAGGGGAGGAAGACAAAGGAGAGAAGAGAAUUCAAAGCAUGUGUAAACAAUUAGCAACAUUUCCUCAGUUAUGCAUGUUAACAGGUAUCGGACGUACUCAUGUGCACAGGAUCCCUACAGUCAGUGUGCAUUUGUCCCAUGCAUUUUGGUUUGUUUGGUGGCCGCCAAGGAUCAGGCUGCAUUACUUAACAAAGCAUGAUUUCUUCCUUUUUUUCUCAGCGGUGGGGCAGUGCGAAUGUGCUGGCCUUUUCCAAAGACCCUUUCACAAUUCUGCUGUUUAAUUUUUAUUUUGUUCUCUUGGCUGUUUUGUUUAGAAGUGCAGCAACUUGUAAGAGGUGGGUUAGUCUGAGAAACACUGACUUUCUCAAGGCCACCCAGUGAAUCCAAGACCAGUUCUGCACUAUAUUUCCUGACAGUGGAAUGGCUUCAUGCUGUCUCUUGAAAGCCUGCAUGCUGAGAUGAAAUGCCAUCUAAACCAGGCAGGGUAGAUAACCUGUGGCUCACUUUUUGGGCUCCCAACUUCCACUAGCCUUGCCUAUUGGCUGUGCUAGUUGAGCUGUAUAUGGAAGUUGGUCUCUCCAAAACAUCUGGAGGGCCACAGGUUACCCUUUCCUGAUCUAGGUCACUGGGUUAUUGUUUAUGAUCCCAUUCUCAUCUGGAUUCACUGUCUUGGAUUCUAGUAUGUGCAGAAAUAUUUUAAUGUUCAGGUGUUACUCUGAUGAUUCUGCCUGUGCAAAAUUGAUUAUUUGGUAUAUCGUUUUGACAGAGAUGGAAGACCACACAGCUGAAAGGGAAAGUGUCCAGAAGGAAGUUAUCCUGAUUGACUCUCUCCUUAGCAUUGAUCAGUAUAAGGGCGCUGAGAGAGCAGUUCCUACUAAGAAACACGGGAGGGACAUCGCAGAGGUAGCGGCUGCAGCAGAAGCGCUUUUGCCAAAAGGCAGCGCCCGGAUCACAACUUCGGUAAGUAGUUUCUGUUCCAUAUGUGGCAAACAGUUGACUGCAUGUAGAGAUGUCCCCACCGCAUUCUUGCAGUGCAAUUCUAAACUCAUUGGCUCAGAAGUGAGACCUGCUAUGUUUAACUACACUUUCCCCCCAGAUAUGUAUGCACAGGAUUGCUCCUAUCUGCUGCCUUCUUCUUGCAACCCCCACCCCCGAAUCCAUAGUUUUACAAGUGCAAAAGUGAUCUUUAGUUUGAGUGCUCAGCAAUCUUACAAAACUGUUUCCUCUGUGGAAGCCUAAGAAUUGAUAUGAACGUGUCAUUUUUGUUCAAUUGACCAUUUGAGUGCCCCUGGAAUUCCUUUAACAUUUGUAUUAUAAAAGAAUUCUGCAAUGGUGGGGUUAAUGCUGCUAGAUAGAAAGUGGCGGUGGGCUAAACAGAAUUACCCCAUAUUUUAAAAAACAAAUAUCCACCGGCAUCCAGGACAAGUUCUUUGUGAACUGCUCUGAGAUCUGAGGAUGAAGGGCGGUAUACUACUACUAAUUCUGUUUGAGAAGGGGAAAACUUGUCUAGAUCUUUAGAAAUAAACUUUACUACUUUAGUAAAAAGCUGCUGGUUGUCCUGUGAAGGAAUCUUGGAAGUUUUUAAAGUGUGGGGCUGCAUGUCAUUUUGUUGCAGGUUAAAUACAACACUCCUCCCCUCUUGUACGGCUCCCUUCGAGAGUACCAGAAGAUCGGAUUGGACUGGCUUGCCAAGCUGUACAAGAAGAAUCUCAAUGGCAUUUUGGCAGAUGAAGCCGGGCUUGGCAAAACGGUGCAAGUUAUUGCCUUUUUUGCACAUCUGGCGUGUAAUGAGGGUAAGCCUGCCCUCUGCUUUGCGGCUACUAUUUACUGAAAUGGGAAAUGGUCCAGGGCUGGCUUUCAUGCCAGCGUUGGGCUCCUCAGAAGGGAACAGUUCUCCUACAUCCUGCUGCUUCUCUUCCCUUUGCCAGGUGACUGGGGCCCUCAUCUCAUUGUUGUUCGGAGUUGUAAUAUACUGAAGUGGGAGCUUGAACUGAAGCGAUGGUGCCCUGGGUUGAAAAUCCUGCUCUACAUUGGCAGCCAGCAAGAACUUCGAACAAAAAGACAGGUACAGCACUCUGUAGAUAUUUUUUAAAAAAUAAUUCAACAUCUGACGGCUGAGCAAAAUUCCACCUAUAUUUCUCAUUCACUAUAGCUAUGCCCCAUCUUCCAGCUGAGAUUGGCUUAGCAAGCAAGUAGCUUACAAAAAUUAAAAUCCAAAAUAUAUGUGCAAUAUAUUAGGAAUAGUGUAUGUACAUUUCAGGCUCUUUUGGCCCCUGGCAGUUGGAUGUCACACCCCAGGUUCCAGGCUUUUGCCUGUAAAGGAGGAGUGGGGGAGCAUCAGACCUGGCAGACAAAUGUGUCCCUUCAGGCCUCUAGCCUUUGGAAAUCUCCGCAGGUCAGAUCUCCUUCCCAGGGCUCAAUCCUUAACUGGAUCACUAUGUAGUUUUCCUAGGCUGGAAUGUCUCCUUGAAAUCUGAUAAUGCCCCUUGCUUGCCUGGAUAGAGGAUACAGAAGGGUGUGUAAGUAUGUGUAGAAACUAGCAUGCUGUACAAAGGCAAAAAUUCACAUUCGUUGCCCACUUUUGCCUCUGGCCAUGCCUGCCACAUGCAAUUUGCCUCCAGAGGAUUGCAAAGAAGGAAAAGUGGCCCUUAGGCUGAGACAGGUUCCCUACCCAUGCACCAGAGGGAUGAGGCAGAUUGACCUGGGCUGUUGAAUAGCAAAUGGUGCCAACUCACAGAGAUAACUGCCUUCCAUUGACCUGAAGGCCUCUUCUGACCCCUGUCGUGAGACACAGUCCACAUUCCACAAUCUGUGGGUACGGACGGUGUGGCCGUGAAGCUCACAGGGUGACUUUGGGUCAGCACUGCCUCUCGGCCUAACCUACCAUGCAUGGUUGUUGUGGGGAUUAAAUGAGGAGCAGGAGAACAAUGAGAUCCUUGGAGAAAAAGGUGGGAUAUAAGUGCAGUAAGUAAAUAAAUGGGUUGCAUUUAUAUCCCCCCCACCUUCCUUAGAGUUGCUCAGAGCAGCACUUAAUUCAGUAUUGGUGGAUUUGGCUCCUUGCAGGAGAUCCCCUGUAGUAGUUUAGACCAAGAGGAAGGGUCAGUAGUUCAGUUGUAGAAUUUUUCCAUUGCACGCAGAAGGCUUGGAGUUCACAGCAUCUCCAUGGAGGGUUCCAAAGGUCUAAAAACCCUGGGAGCCCCUGUGUAUAGACAAGAUUGAGGUAGAUUUUGAUGUUGUUUAAUUGUGUCCGACUCUUUGUGACCCCAUGGACCAGAGCAUGCCAGGCACUCCUGUCUUCCACUGCCUCCUGCAGUUUGGUCAAACUCAUGCUGGUAGCUUCGAGAACACUAUCCAACCAUCUCGUCCUCUGUCGUUCCCUUCUCCUUGUGCCCUCCAUCUUUCCCAACAUCAGGGUCUUUUCCAGGGAGUCUUCUCUUCUCAUGAGGUGGCCAAAGUAUUGGAGCCUCAGCUUCACAAUCUGUCCUUCCAGUGAGCACUCAGGGCUGAUUUACUUAAGAAUGGAGAGGUUUGAUCUUCUUGCAGUUCGUGGAACUCUCAAGAGUCUCCUCCAGCACCAUAAUUCAAAAGCAUCAAUUCUUCGGCGAUCAGCCUUCUUUAUGGUCCAGCUCUCACUUCCAUACAUCACUACUGGGAAAACCAUAGCUUUAACUAUACGGACCUUUGUUGGCAAGGUGAUGUCUCUGCUUUUUAAGAUGCUGUCUAGAUUUGUCAUUGCUAAGGCAGUUUGGUGUAAGGUAGCUUCCCAUGUUCCUGUUUUAUCUAUGGAGCUGCACACCUCAACAGGGAUUUUGAUUUGGGUUUGCAAGCUUAUUUAACAACAAAUUAUUUAGCCCUUGAGGUAGCCAGGACUUUUCCUUGCUCUCAAGUCAGAAUCUUGAGAAGGCAGGCAAGAUGGGCAUGAUUUCUUGUUCCGAAUCUGGAUGUUUUUUGCGUACCUUACAUUCGCGAGGGGCCUUAGCAAGAAAAUACAAUACAAACGUAUGAAGGUGCCUUUAUUCUGUAAGACGUAACAGUUCAUUACUGUGAUUGGCAGUAGCUCUCUUCAAGAGCGCUGGCAAAGGUCUUUCCUAGUCUUGCUGUCUGGUAUCUUUUCAGCUAGGGAAUCAGUUUGCAAUCAGUUUGCAAAACUUGUUCUCUUAUCCCUGGGCUCAGUGACCCCCUUUGCCGGGUAGAUCCUGCUUAUUCGUUGUUGCCUGAAGAAGCUGCAGUUCAUUGGGAAGGAGCUGCUGCAAGAAUUCCCCAUCCCUUUGCAGAGUCUAAACAGGGUAAGGGGCAGGGGCCUGCCUGAGGGAAGAAAGUGUAUUGUGUGCUGAUGGAUAUUUAUUUAAAUAAACAUCCUCAAGGCAGCUUAGAACAGAGCAAUAAGAUGCAAUAAUAAAAACCAGUGAACAUUGUCAAUCGCAUCCAAAGGGACCAGUAAAAAUAAAAAAUCGUUACUCUCUCUGACGCUGUACUAAAUCCUUAGUGGUUUAGCAAGUAUGCUUUAAAGUGCAGUGAGAUUUCUGGAAAGAAAAGGCAUGGGGAAAUCCUCAAGUUGUCUCAAAGGGGGAGCAGCCAAAAGACUGAUAUUCACCACCCCCUUGCUCUUCAUCCAUCUUGCCUGCCUGGUGCCACACGUAUAACUGUAUGAAUGCCCUUAUUUUGAAUAAAGCCAUAGGCUUGGGAAGUUCUGCCUUCUGCCUGAAAGUUUUGACAAGUAUAGUCAUCUCCUUCCCUCGUUUUUUGCAGGAGUGGAUGGAACCCAACCGCUUCAAUGUGUGCAUCACAUCCUACAAGCAGCUCUUCAAAGGCCACCAAGCCUUCACAAAGAUGCGAUGGAAGUACCUCAUUGUUGAUGAGAUGCAACAGAUCAAAAACAUGACGGAGAAACACUGGGAAGCACUUUUCAGUCUCCGCAGGUCUGACACAUGUAGAAGUUUUGCACCUUGCACUUCAUAGUGCUUUAUGUUGGUCUAGGACAGUGGUGGGUAGCCUGUGGUCCUGCAGAUAUUGUCGAACAACUUCAGUUCCCAUUAUUCCUGACAGUUGGCCAUGGUGGCUGUGUGAUCUUUGUUUGGACCAGGAAGAAAUCUAUGGGUUGAAAGGGGGGUGAAAUUGCUAAAUGGGUCAUCCCAAAUACAGGUGAGCACAGUAUUCAGUGGUACAGGACACUACUGUCUUACAUGAGAGGUUGGAGUGCAGAUGAGCAUAAGCUGAAGACUUGCUCCCAUCAUACUGAGUUCUCAAAAUAACAUCUAAGGCCAGGGCCAGAUUAUAUCUUUGCCAUGUGAUUGUCUGUUCUGAAGACAGCUGCAGGGAGAUAGAUCUGGACCACAGCAUGUAGAGAGGGGAUGUGUUGGCACCUUUGCAGUCAAAUAGCAGCUGGGCAGUGUAAUUUUUGUUGAGAAAAUGGGAGUAGUUGUGUUAGAAUAAUGCCCACCCCACUUCAGUUCUAAUUGGGUAACCCAAUUGCAGUUGCUAUUUCUAAGGGAAACCUGAGCCAGGCAUAGAUAAUCACAUGACAACUUUAUUGUUAAUUCCUGGUCUUAACUGGGACCUGAAUGUGUUUCCUUUUUACCUGUGUGGGGUUUCCCCCCUCUUGAUUUUAUUUACUAGUUCUAGUAAAUUGCUAGAUGGACACCAGUGGGAUAACUGUCCCUUCAUAGCAUUUUGAACUGUUCUUCACAGCCAGCACCGCUUGCUCCUAAUUGAUACACCUCUGCACAACACAUUGAUGGAAUUGUGGACCAUGGUGCACUUCCUGAUUCCAGGAAUCUCCAAACCUUACCUGGAUUUCCCAGUAAAAGCAGCCAAUGAGGAGAAUCAGGAUUACUGCCACAAACUUGUCAUCAGGUUACACCGAGUGAGUGACCUGACUUUUGUCUGAGUGCAUGCAUGGCUCUCCCAGCUUUGCUUUAGUAAUAUGUUUUAAUUUAAUGAAGACAAUAGUUAUGUUAACUUUGGUUUUUCUAUUUUCAUCCCCCCCCCCAGAUGAUCCAGCCGUUUAUUUUGCGAAGAUCGAAAAGAGAUGUUGAAAAGCAGUUAACCAAAAAAUACGAGCACGUGCUUAAGUGUCGGCUUUCAAACAGACAAAAACUGAUGUAUGAAGAUGUCAUUCUGCAGCCAGGGUAUGAGAUAUGCAACUGGUUGAACAUGCUGGUUAUGCAGUUCACAAUGCAGAAAUUUCAGAUUGCGUUUAAUGUGCUAACCAACUCUUUAGCCACCUUCAAAUAAUAGGAUGUAGUUUAGUUGUAAACACCUGCACAAAAAGCCUUGUUGCUGCUUUAUUCCUCCUCCUGUGCAAGCUGCAAAAUGAACCAGGAAUCACAACUUCAUGUUGCAUUCAAACUAGGAAGUGUGGUUGAGGACUUCUAAAUGAGCCAGAUUCAGAAACAUGGUUUAAAAAUUGGAUUCUGAAUCUUGCUCAUUUGGGAAGCCUUUAACCAAACCUAGGUGGUUUGCACGUAACAGGAAAGUAUGAUUGACUAGUGGGUUCCUGGUUUGCUUAGCUUCUUGUGUGAAAGGAGGAACAGACUGGCUGCAAAGAGCACACAUAACUCAUGGAUAUUCUGGCAUAUUAAGUCAGGAUUUAGUCAGUGUAUUGUAGCAAGCGUUAAGGGGGAAAGGAGUCCUAGCUACAAUUUUAACAUUGCUUUUAGAACCAUAAUUGAAUCGUGUGAGUCCUGGUCAACACAUGCUCAGAAUGAGGUAGAAUGGGCUGCAUCUCUUCAGUUAUCAGGUGUGGAGACUUGCAGUAUGGAAUGUGUGUACCUGUGUUAAAAAUGCUGUCACUACAGAUCUAAGAAGAGUGCCCACUGUUGCAGAAUUGCUUAAGCUAAGCUGCUGUGGAUCUGAUUAGUGUUUUGAUAGGAGACUGCCUUGUGUCUCAUGUAAGCUUCUUUGAGCUUUCCAAAGAAAGUGGGAUACAAGUACUGUGUAAUAAAUUAGCAUUUGAGAAUCUGCACCACAGCCAUAAAACACUGGUUCAAGUGAUGAAGGAUGUUUCACGGGGCUUUUUUAACAUUUGAUUCAAGUUGACAUGCUUCUUUCCUUUGGCAGAACCCAAGAUGCUCUAAAAAGUGGGCAUUUUGUCAGCGUUCUUCACGUUCUGAUGCAGCUUCAGAAGAUCUGCAACCAUCCUGAUCUGAUAAACCCUCGGCUCUCCAGUUCCUCCUAUGUCUCAGAGACACUGCAGUAUAGAACUGCUUCGCUGGUCUUAAAAGCACUUGAACGUGACGUUUGGAAGGUGAGUCAAACAGUGGACAGGGAUUGGGAAGUCGUGGCUCUGCAGAUGUUCUUGGACUCACAUCAGCCCCUGCCAGUAUGGGACAAGGAUGAUGGGAGUUGUAGUUCAGCAGCAUCUGGAGCAGGGUGGUCCAACUUUUCAUACCAAGUGGACUGCAAGAGUACUUUGACAUGGAACCUGCAGGCCACAUACUGCCUUGCGUGUGCAGUGACGGGAGGGGAGAACAGCAAGACCAAACUUUGACAAGCUUGUAACUCUAUUUUAAAAGAAGAAGAAGAAGAGAGAUUCAUCUGGCAUGACUUGUUUUUAUGAAACCCAUGCUGGAUCUUAGUAAUCUCAGCAUCCUUUUUUAAGUGCUCACAGACCGACCAUUUAAUUAUCUGUUUUAUGACCAUUCCUGCUUUACUCAAGGGCAUUGUAGAGGGUGAUCUUUACAAGUCUGCUUCUAUCUGCACAGAACAGCAUGGCAUCUUCAUCAGAUAGUUAGUAGCACAAUGUUGGGAACUGGCCUCAUCUAUAGAAUUCAGUGGCAGUCACUCAGAGAUCAGGAUCCAGCACUCUCCCUGUGAAGAUUCACUGUUGCUUUUAAUACAGAAAUUGAAAACAAUUUCUAUUCAGGCAGCCUGUCACUUUUUAAUAUUUUUAAUUAGGCCCUUCAUUGACUGUUUGAAUUUUUGAAUGUGUGGAAUUGUAAUGGUUCUUCAUAUAAUGUGGUACGCUGCCUCGACAAGUGUGUCUGGAAAGGUGCCCCCAAAAAUACUUCAAGUAACUAACUUGGUGGGUUUUUACCAUUUAAAUUAUUAUUUCAUUGAUGUUUCUUGGGUUUGUUUUGUUUUGUGAACAGAAGAGUAGGUUAUAAAUGAUAAUGAUCGGAUGAGUGGUACUAAUGCUUUAAAUUUCUCUUUGUCUACCUGUAGGAUACGGACCUGAGUCUCUUUGAUUUGAUUGGGAUUGAGAAUAAAAUGACUCUGUAUGAGUCACAAGUGCUGCCAAAGCAAAAAGUGACCAGAAAGCUCAUUGAGGAAAUAUACACCUCUCCUCUACCUCCCCCAAGGCCUAAUCCAGUGAAGUUGAAGCCAAGCAGGUAUGCAGCUUUUAAAACAAACCUUGAAAACCCAUUUAAUUUGAGCAGCUAUUCAGUUGAGGCAUUGAGCUGGGCAUUCGACUGUUUAAUGGCUUAUGUCGCUGCUGGUUGGAAAUUAUUUCUGAAGGGAGGGAACACCCCCCCCUGUGUGUGUGUGCUCCCCAAAUGUACUCCAGAGUGCUGGGGGGGGGGAGUCUUGUGGAGCAGAUGCAGAGGGUGAGGUACAGAUGGGAGGAGAAGAAAGGGAAGCUAACAUUGGGAGUAAUGCAAUUAGUUUACAUGGGUUUUACUGAGUGUUCUGCUGGACUGUGAAAUGAUUUUAGACUGCUGUUUCUAAUGGUUUAGUUUUAUUGGAAUGAGGCUUUGGGUUUGUCUGUUUUUAAUGUUUUAUUUAUGUUUGCAAGCUGCCUUCAGAAGUGUUUUGCCCUAAAAGGCAGUAUGGAAAAAUGUUCUAAUAAACUGGGACUCAAUUGCACAUAUUUUUCAUUGAGGGGGGCAAAGUGGUGUCUAUUCCAUUCUUUAAAGUUUAUAUGUUUCUUGUGCACUGCCUUAAGUGCCCUGUGACUGAAAGGUGAUUUGUAAAAGCUACUUUCAAAACAUUCUGUUUACUGUGAUGAUAACCACGUCCCAUGUUGUACUUUUAAGCUAUGCAAGUGCUUCUGUUCUGUUGUCCAAAACUGUAAUUCAGAAUGAGGUUUUGCUCAGUUUUGUUAGUGUUGUGCUUGUGGGAGGAGGUAAUAAUGAAGUGAUGCCCAACCUUUUCAGGUUGUUCCAACCCGUUCAAUAUGGCCAGAAGCCUGAAGGCAGAAUUGCGGCUUUCCCCAGUGCUCAAGUGCAACAACGCACAGUGUCGACAGCUACGGUGGCUCAACAGGGGCAAGUGCGUGGAAGGUCACCUGUAGCUACAGUGUCUGCAAAUCAAGGUACGAAAGGUAUUGCCACUCUAGUUUUCUUCUGGGUCUUAGAUUGUCAUAUACCAGUCUGAUAAAUUGAAAUUGUCCUCCCACCUGACUACAAGUAUGGCCAUUUCUUUACAACUAAACUGCCAGGUUAAAGCUGUGCACUGAGUGGAUCAGGGUGAAAUUUAACACAGUUGUGAUGGUGUACGUGCUUCCUCUCAAACUCUGUUCAUCACUCUUACCUGUGUUUACCACGCCAUCAGAAAGCCGCCCAAAAUAGGUUGACGGGGAAUUUUUGUGUGUGAAAUGCGAAGUAUUUGACUUAGGUUUGCUGCCUUCCAACCUAAGCAGGGUCCUGUUUUAGCAGUUUGAAAUUGGCUCUUAGUUGCAUGCAGUUGUGGUCCUCAAAAUGUGAGGUGAGCCUCCCUGAGAAGAGAUUUAAGCUAUGUCCUGACCACACCACUUUUUUGUGGGUGCUGACCUUUCCUGCCACCUGAAAAACGAUGCACCGUAGGCCUACACAACAGUUCGUUUUGAGAUCAAGUGGAGACCACUCCACGAUUUUUCACGAGCUUCUCUCUGAAAGCUUUUGAACCAGUUAAUGGGACAAACAUACUACUAUGGUAACAGUUCUUUGGGGGCUAUGCCAAUAUUAGGAUAUGGUUAGCGAACUGUGUGUUGUUUUUUUAAUGCUUUCCCAUGGCAAGAGCUCCUUGUCACAUUGAGAAAAAGGAUUCUAGCCUAGUCUGUUUGCUGAUGUGCUAGUUUUCUAUGUGCAAGGAACCCUUGAGGUGGGAAGAACAUUAAGGCCUCUGAAUACCAGUCACUGGGAAGAGAGUUGUUGUGCUCAGGUUGUGCUUGUGGGUUUCCCAUAGGCACCUGGAUGGCUGCCACGAGAACAAGACGUUGGACUAGAUGGGCCUUUGGCCUAAUCCAUCAGGGCUCUUCUUAAGAUGCUGAUCUUUAGUAUGCUGUUUUCACCUUCACUGCCCUGGGAAGCAUGAUACCAUAUGCUUGGGGGAGGGGAGAGAUUUCUAAUGCAGGACAUUAAAGCCUGCACUCUUUUUGCUUGCAAAGUCCUGGAAGGCUUCCACCAUAUUCCUCCACUCCCCCGGUGUUUCCAUCAGCUCGGAGAAUGAGCACUGUAAGAUUUUAUCAGCCUUAGUUAUACUGGCAGUGGGGCGGGGGCAUAAUUCCAAUUUGUUCAUCGGGAUCUUUGAUUUUUGUAUUAGAUUUUGUCUGAGCAGCUCAUCUUUGGCACAGCUCAAGAACCCCAUGUCCUACAAUACUAACGGCUGUGGAAACAAACUAAUAGCCGGUUGAUGAUUUUGUGACCACCUAAAGUUGUGUGUAUGUGUGUGUGUGUAUAAUGAGCAGGCGGGCCUAAUUGAUAACACAUGUAGUUUUCCAUGACUUCUGUGACCCAGUUGGUAUUUACGUUGCUGGUUGUUGUUAUAGCCUGUGAAAACAGAGGAUUUUGCAGCACUUCUGUACCUAAAAGCUGUUUUGUUUUGUUUUUUUAAUUACAAAAAAAAUCUCCAAUGCUAUAACCCUUAAAAAGCGGACUGAAUCUAACAGCUUGCACAACCCAACCUUAUUGAUUGCAGCCUCCGCAGCCGUCUCCUCCGCAGCUCCACAGUUUCAGACAACUCAGUCUUCCAUCAGUGCUCCUCCAAGACAGCAGCCAGCAGUGACCUUCACAGCAGCAACUAGCCCGGCCAAUCCUGCGAAACUGCGGGGUCAGACCACUGUGCAGGCCUUACAGCUAGGCCAGGCCCAGCCACAGGCCCCCCCGCACACCAUCCAACAGAGUGUGCUGCCUCAGAGGCUGGUAUUGACCUCUCAGGCUCAGGCACGGUUGCCUAGUAAGUGCCCCAACUCCCCACCCCACCCCACCUCCCCUCUACAGGUUUCUCCCACUUUUUUAUUUUUAUUUUGUUUCCAAAGCUUCCCUGAGGUUAAGUUAUUAGGCACCCUAAAAAAAAUGUGUACAGAAUGAUUUUGUUGUGGUGGCUUGUUUUGUGGUUUUUUUGUUUUUGUUUUUUUAAACACAACUCCCCCCCCCCCUCACUCUGAGUAGCCUUGCUCACUGUUUUCCACUGCUUAUAUGACCAUGGAGAAAGGUCCCAAAUUUGGAUAAGAAAAAAAUAUAAUAGAAGGGGGAAAAAAUGCUGUGGACAUAACAUUAGCGGUGUCAACUUAAUCUCUUCAUUUCUGCAUGUUUCCUUCGCUGGCCAGACUUCUUUUGGACCCGGAAACAACUUCUACUCCCCCUGCCUUUUUUCUUUCCUGCACAGCUCUCCUCUUCCUAAUUUGACUCUCUUUUCUUUCUUUUUUUCUUUCUUUUUUUGAAAACACUAACUUCAUCCUGCUAAGAAGGCCUCUCGACUUCCUUGGAGGCGAAAAAUGCAGCUGUUAGGUGGAAUGGGGAGGGGAGGGGAACGGUUCAGAUUGUACGUGCACUGCCUACAAGCAUGUCUAGAGAUUAUUGAGCACUGAUAUACUAAUGUUUUCAUCCCUGGGGGAAUAAACUGCCUUUGCAAAAGUUCAAAGAUCCACGGUGACUCGGAUCCAGAAAUUCAGGUGAAAUUUUUAUUUGGAGCUUUCUCAGUACAUUGAAGCACAGAGCUAUGCUUUCAGAUUUAAAAAAACCUGUUGCGAAUAUUUUUCCAGUUGACCUAAAUUAUUUUAUGAUUGGUGUUAUCAUUACUUUAAAUCUAUUCUGAGACACCCUAAUCACCUGUUUAAAAAACCCCCAACAACCAUAGCUUAACAAUGCAGUUUUUUGAAUUAAGUAGAUCGUGGAACUGACGUGAAACAAACUUGGCACAUUUUGAAAAUGCAUUAUAAAAUGCUUUCAGUGAAAGUUCUACCACAGGCACGAUAAUGAUUUAUUAUUCUUGAUUUGUUACCUUCCUGUUUGUUGCUUUCUAUCAAAAAGGCUUACAGGCAGGGAGUACUGGAAACAAAAUUGUUUCAGCCAAGUCACUAAACACUGUGACAGUCCUGCUGAAAUUCUUGGCGUCCCUUGAAUGCGUUUUGCUUUUGAAAAGGCAGUGGAGUCCCGCUUAAUGACUUUCUACUCUCUGGUUUACAAAGUGUCACAUGAGUUUUUUCAGGUUGCUGUUGUUUCCUGCAAAAAUGGAAGGGUAACUUCUACACACCGCAACCCCCUGCGUUGUUCUACAUUAAAACAAAACAAAAGAAACCUAUUUGUUCACCCCCUGUAUGCAAGCAGUACCUGUGGAACUUUUAUAUGACACUUUCCCCCCUCUGCACUAUGUAUAAUUCUGCAUGGGAGCAGCUUCAGCAUCAGUUUUACUAACUGGAGUGAGGACAAAGACUGUUUGGAAGGCAGCCCCUCCCCUUAAUGUGUGGUUCUGUUCCUCCCCCUCCUCCAGGUGGCGAAGUGGUAAAGAUAGCCCAGUUGGCAUCCAUUGCAGGAGCACAGGGCAGAAUUGCUCAGCCAGAGACUCCUGUGACGCUGCAGUUUCAGGGGAAUAAAUUUACUUUAUCCCACAGUCAGCUUCGCCAGCUCACUGCAGGACAACCUCUGCAGCUGCAAGGUAUUGUACAAACCUAAUUUCAAAAGAGCGCAUCUCUCUCUCCCUUCCCAAAUGCGCACACUCUCAUGCACACAAUAUAUCCACGUUGGGUAUGACGGCUUGCACCAUCUCUGUCCAUUUGCUAUGCCAUCUGGGGCUGUUGGGAAUUGGAGUCCAAGAACUUCUGAAAGAGCCACAGCUUACCUGUCCGUGGGCUAAGAAAAGGAGUUGGAUUUUUUUUCCACGGUUGGGGGGGGGGAGGAGAGAGUCAUGUGGCAUUGUCACUUUUAUUACCUGCAUUUUAAGGAUAACUCAAGAGACGUGGAAGGUUUAGGCUUGCCUGCUUUUGCGAUGCAUGGUGUAAAAAAGAAAACCGGUGGCGGGUUUUUUCCUUGUUAAUUUUUGGAUCAUUUUAUGACCUCUUAUGUUUCAAUUUCUACCAAUGCAGGCAGCGUUCUACAAAUUGUGUCAGCUCCUGGGCAGCAGUACUUGCGGCCUCAGGGCCCGGUAGUCAUGCAGACAGUGUCUCCGGCGGGGACUGUUCAAAACGCUCUGAACGCUUUGGGAAACCAGCAUCCAGCUGGCUUGCCAGCUCCGGCAGUAGCACAGCAAGGUAGGGGCUCUUUCCUGCAUGUCUACCUCUGGGACAUUUUAAGAAGCAGAUUUUUAAAACCAUAUGGGGAUUUUCUGGCCUUCCUAUGUUCCCUCCUCCUCCCCAUCCCAUAAGUAAAUAGGGGAAAUGAUUUCAAUUGGAUGAAGCAGAUGCAGUUACUUCCCCAUCCCUAGACUUGCAUCUGCAGCCUGCAGGGCUCUCAACUGGAGCUGUUUAUCUGCGGCUAGCUUUUUACAUCCCUUACAAGAACUCCUACACCCCAAAAUUCAGGAAACAGUUGAGCCUCUCUCCACCCUUGCCCCUUUCUCCCUCCUUGGUGUCUUCUGCAAGCUGAAUACCACCUCCCCUAGGUAAUCAUUUGCCCCCACCACAGAAGCUGUGUUUGGACAUCGACAUAAACUAUGGUUUAUUCACGACAGGAGUGGUCCCCCAAGGGAUGGUACAAAUAAAAUAAAAUUGCAUGCUAGAAAUGCAGUGGGCUGGCAGAGGAGAAGUAGAGUAUUCUGCACCUCUUACAGCAGCUCGUUUAGUUUCCUACACCAGGUGUGCUGCAGGAGCAGACUUUUUCUUCUCCCCAACACAGCGUCUAAACGAAGUAGGCUAGCUAGCGGUAGAAGAGGCACAGAAUGUCUGUCCUCCCACCUGCCAACCUGCACGGUCUACAAUUCUUUGUCCCCUAUGGCAACCAGGCAUGUGGUUAAAUGCAAGGCUGGCCUUGGGAUUGCCUUGGGUGGGGCGUGGCAUGUUACGGCUUGUAGUAGCUUGAAGUCCUUUGUAAAGAGUGUAUUUGGGAUGUAUAAACACAUGGUUUAUCUUUAAGUGUGUGUUCUAGGUAGAACAAUGGGUGGUACUAAUUUAGCUUCGGGGGACUCGGCGUCAUCUUUAAAACCUGGCCUUAUUCACGGAGGACACUCACAGGUACUCUUACUGAUUUUUUACUGUGUGUGUUCAGUUGUCAAAUGAAUAACUUCCCUUUCAGUUCCUUCGAGGACUGAAAAGUGAAAAUAAAUGAAGUUGCAAUAUUUAGCUCUUUGAUUUUUCCACUUUAUUUUGCUUGUCAACAAAGUUGUAUGUUGUAGCUUCUACUUCCCAAGUGUGGUGUGUGUGUGUGUGGAUAUAGUUACAGAUGCACUCCUGCAGGUGAAUUACUUUUGAUAUAAAUUGGGCUUGUAAAGAAGUGAACCCCACCUUUAAUUAUGUAGAAGCAACUUUUGGCAGAUUGGAGAGGUUAUGAACAUAUUUUAAGUAUGGAGAAGGAAAAAAUGCAGCUUGGCUCACUUUCAAAAAUUAAAUGGUGAAAUUUGAUUUUGAAAGAGGGACAAUGAAAGGUACCCACAGAAAUAUGAAAGGGAAGCUAUGUAUUAAACAAAAAAAUAAUAAAGGAAAAUACCUUCUCUCUGAUUUGGAAGCUGUAUAAUGUUCAGUAUGCAACAAAAUAGAUGAUUGUAACAAGCUGCCUUUUAUACUGUUAGACCAUCUGGCUCAGUAUUGUCUGCUCUGACUGGCAGCAGUUUUCUGGGGUCUCAGGAAGAGUUCUUGGCCCUUCCCUUUUCCCUGAGACCUUUUUUAAAAUGGAAGGUGCUGGGAAACCGAAUCUGGGAGCUUCAGUAUGCUAUGCAUGUACACUGCUACUGAAUUAUGCCCCCACCUGCUAAAUUUAUGCUUAAGACUAAAAUGUGGACUAUAACCUUACAGAAUUUAAUUUAAUACAAGUAGAGCAGAAUGGGGGGAUUUAAUGGAUUAUUCUGGAACAGAAUCUGCAGAGCGCUCCAGUAGCGAUGCUAGCAUAUAGCUGUAUGAAUCAGAAUUGUUUUGUUGGAGGUUGUGCCAAAAAAAAGGGGGGGGGAGAUCCCUUUGCCUUGGGGUACAUAUGCAGUUGCAUUCUUAUGCAUCUUUGCUUGGAAUUAAGACCCAUUGAAUUCAGUAGAACUUUCUCUGGGGCAAGUGAUUUUAGGAUUGUAGUCAAGUAACAGACUUUGAACUCUUUAUAGUUCUGAUUUCAAAGCAUUCUGCCCAUGGUAUACACUUUUUUCUCGUGUUUUUUCCCCACAUUUUUAUUGCAAAGGAGUCGUUUGAGGAAAAAAACAGGAUUCUAAAGGAGCGCCUCGACCGGAUCUUUUCUUGCAAUGAGCGCCGCUGUUCCAGAGCACCAGUGUAUGGCCAGGACCUCAUGAGAAUUUGUUCUCUGGUGGGGGACAGAAAGAUGACCCCUCAGUUUUCCGCUGGAGGCAGCAAAUGGAGCUGGGCUGGUUUUGCAAACUGUCUCCUCUCAUCAAAUCCCUCUUGGGACCACAGUGAUCCACUGCAGGGGAUGACACGGACACUGGAGCAGCAGCAGGACUCUCUGAGGGAUGCUGUUAACAGGUGAUCACUGGAAUGUUUCCCUUGCUCUUGAUCCUAAACAGAAUCUGGAACAGAAGCCUGCCUUCAGCCACCUCUCACGUUCCUCUUCCCCAGCCAUGCCACCCCUUUGAAAGGGACCGGAAUGAGAAUCUAGGCUGCCGGUUCUGUAGUUAACAAGGCCACCAUGUAAUGAUUAAUACAUCCAAAGUACUUAGCCACGUGUCUGCUUUUUGUUUCCCAGGCUGCUCUGUGUGCUGCCAUCUGCAGUGGCUGCUCCUCCAUCUUUGCACAUGGCGAGGCUUCCUCCUUUGUACAGCCAUAGAAUGAAACUACUCAGGCACCGUCUGAAAGAGGCGGCCUCACCUUACUUGAGUCAGCUGCAGCAACUCACCACCCCACAAUUGCUUCAGUUUCCUGAUCUCCGACUUGUUCAGUACGAUGCAGGUAGAGGAGAACCUUUUUGUAUUUUCUUUUCUUUCCCCCCCUUUUUUUUCUUUUCGCUGGAUUGUGUAGAACCUGGAAUCGGGCAAAUGUUCUGUGGGAAGGCUUUACACUUUCUUAUUUUACAAAAUUUAGGCAAGCUGGAAGCCCUGGCGGUCUUGCUUCAGAAGUUGAAGUCGGAAGGACGCCGGGUGCUGAUCUUGUCCCAGAUGAUCCUCAUGCUAGACAUCUUGGAGCUCUUCUUGAAUUUCCAUUUCUUCACCUACGUGAGGAUUGAUGAGUGUGCUAAUCAGGAAGAGCGGCAGGUAAACUUUACUUGGAGCAAUCCCUCCAUCUUAUUCUUUAUACGAGGGGUGGCUAACCUGGUGCCCAACGGAUGCUGCUGGACUCCAACUUCCAGCCAGCACAGUGAAUGGUCAGGGGCAAUGGGAAUUAAGCGGGUUACGUCCAUCCCCACUUGCCCAAGAGAGACAAUGAAUCAUGAGCUUUAGUAUCUAUCCAGCUCCGUGGUAGCUCCUCAUCGGUUUAACGCUUUACCUUGCCCAGUAAAGAGCACUUCACUCCUUCUCUAAAUAGUUUGCUAUCACUUUUUAUUUAUUUCUUGCUUCUGAUUUUCAGUCUCUGUCUUUGUUUGUUGUUCAUUUGUUCUCAAAAGCUAUUUGGUGGUUCUGAGUACUUCAUCACUUUUCCCACAGGGAGGAGGGGAUCCUCGAAUGGUUUGCCCCUCCCACUUGUUCCACUUGGCAGGUCUUAUGUAAAGUGUACUUACUGUACAUCCACAUGGGAGGGAAACUUCUCUUCAGUUCCUUCCUGUUUGGCUCCCUGUGCAGCCCGGGUAGCAGGGAUCUCUGUACGCUCUGUACAUACGUUUUUUAGAUUCUGAACACCACAUCCAAUCAGAUAGGGUGGCCUAGCACUUGAUCCCAUGUGUGACAAAGGUGUCUGCUCUGAGAAUAAGUAAUGUGAUACUUGUCAUCUCAAAGUGAGUGCUAAAUGCCUUAUGGUCUGUGAUGCUUUUCCUCCCCACCCCUCUUUUCUGAUCAAGGAACUGAUGAAGACUUUCAACAGAGACAAGCGCAUCUUCUGUGCAAUUCUUUCUUCACACAGCCGCUCCACGGGUGUCAACCUUGUGGAGGCUGACACCGUUGUGUUUUAUGACAACGAUUUAAAUCCAGUGAUGGAUGCUAAGGCUCAGGAAUGGUGUGACAGAAUUGGCAGAUGCAAAGACAUCCACAUCUACAGGUGAUGCCUGCAAAGUAGCUGUUCUACAAAUAGAAAAUGGUACCUCUAGUGAGAUUGGCAACAGGCAGCCUUGCCCAUAGUAGGCACGACAGAGGCUAUUUGUGCUCCGGAGAUUCCUGAUACCAUAACUUCAUCAUGUCAUCUAAAGAGGGCAGGCGUUGCCCAUAUUUUGUGAUAAUCUUAACAGAUUUGCACACACCAUCACUUGGGAGUUCUAAGGAAGGAAGCAAGCAGUGCAGUUUUGAAAGAUUAGUCUGUCAUAUUGAUUCAAUAUGGCAUCAGUUUGUAUUCAAACAUAGAAGAGAACCUGCUUCUUGAUCCCAAUAAUCAUGAUGCAAAAUUUGGUUGUGAAGGGUGUCCAUAGUGAACAAAGGACUUUUCAAAAUAUGUAGUAGAUAAAUGAUUAUGUCCUAGAGCAGUCAACUUUGCUCUGCUAACAUGCCCAGCAAUAAAACAUUGCCUAAAAACCAUUUUCUGAUCUUGACUACUCAGUAAAUUCAGUCUGUUCUGGCUAUCUCAUUUUGCUCUCAGCUUUAAGGUUUUGGUACAUCUCCUUGGUUUCUUCUCUAGGCUUGUCAGUGGAAAUUCAGUAGAAGAGAAGCUCUUAAAAAAUGGUACGAAGGAUUUGAUCCGAGAAGUAGCAGCUCAGGGAAAUGACUAUUCUAUGGCCUUUUUAACACAGGUAUAUAUUAUUUUUAAUAAGUAUAAUAAUUUUAUCAAGAAACCUUCCUUGUUUCCCCAGAUACUUUAUACCCUUUGUUUCAAAGCAUCGGCUCCUGAGCCUUUAUUGUUGUCUUGAGACACAACUAGCAGGACUUCUAAUUGGCUUUCAUCAUGGAGGUUAUUUAGGAUUGGGCUGCUCCAACUUGGCUUUGAAAGUUGGGAGGACUAUGCAAAUGUAUUUGUGCUUGACCCCUCCCAGUAGGAGGAGCCUCCUAGUCCUGCCAGCUUCAAAGCCACUGGGACUUCAUAGCAGAUUUGGUGGAGAGUGUUGAUCAUGGUGUCUGAAUGGCUACAGCUUUUCUUCUGCUCUCCACCCACAUAGUUUAAUCAUAAGAAAGGAAAUGGAGAAAAAGAUGCACUUAUUCGUUUGACCUCAACGAGGAGAGUUUCUGCUGAUUGUGUCUUUUGUGAAUCCUUUGGAGGAGAAAAAGCUGAGAGUACUUCGCACAGUGCAUCCGUAGCUAGGGUGUCUCGGUGGUGUCAGGUUUCAGACCCAGCCUCUCUGAUACCCUCUGAACUGGUUUCCCAAAUCCUGGCCAGUAGCAGCAUCUGUAUUUUGUUAAUGAAUGAAGAAGGAGUAGGUGUGUCAAUUUUAAUUUCUUUUGGCCUCAAAUCCCUCCCCUUCAAAGAGAACUGUUAAUGGAGUGCUGUGGGAUGAGGAGACAUUCCUUUUGUUCCUCCCUCGGAUAGAAGUCUGGCCCUGAGAUAAGUUAGAAUGGGGGGGGGGGGGACAUAAAUUGACACUUUUCCAGGAGCUUGAUAUGAGACGUAUUUCCCCUCCUUCCACAGCAAACGAUUCAGGAACUCUUUGAGGUUCAUUCUCCAAUGGAGGACUCUGGCUUCCGCGUGAAGGCUGAAGAAUUUGUGAUGCUUACACAGGAGCCCUCCCCGGCUGAAACCAUAUCUCCUAAGGUUGCAAGACCUUUUAUAGAGGUAAUUAAGCACAAAUAAUUUGAACAGAAAUAAAAGAGGAUAUAGAACUGUGUGGCAGAACUGUUUUGAUUGCCUUUUGGGACUUUCCAAGUGCUCCCUUCAGAAUAAUCAUGUCGUCUUCUUUUUUUAAUCUUCUGAAUCAUUUCUUUUAAAGGUUUCUUGAAAGCUUAUAAACUAUUCAUGUAGGUAAUACACUACUUCCCCUGAGAGCUAUUUAAGCCUUUUAAUAAUACAUGCAAUCUCUCCUCCUCUUUCUCUGGGUGCAGUAUUUCAGCACGUUUAGGAGAUGAAUAGGGUGAAGUAUCUGCAUGAUGCAAAUGUUUACUGGUUCUGCAUUACUGGUUCAACAUUAAGGUUGCCUGCAACUAUUCUGACAGAAACCUAACAUGGGAUGUACUGGUUAAACCACAGGUGGGCUGUCUGCAACUUGGCUGUAUUUCAUGCAGCCUCCUACACCUCUUGAAGCUGCCGCAUUCUUCCAUCCCAUCAGAGUUCCUCCCUCCCUUGAUUUUCCUUGCCUCUUUGAUGUCUCCCCCUUAUAUAGUUUGAGAACAACUGAAUGCCAUACUAUUUUAUUAAAUAAAAGCAUACAGCCAUUGAUAACCGCUACCAUCAGCAUUUAGCUGUUGAUCUCCUUCUAUACAAUCGUCUUAAGGCAACGUAUAAUAACAACUGCAGGAACCAGUUGAAAGCUUAGAGGCAGCAGAUGCAUUUAAGAUAAAACUAAAACCCUAUGGAAUAGAUACUCACAGUAAGGAUUCAUUUAUCCAGCUGGGAAAGCCUGUGGGAACAAAAAUGUCUUCCAGUUGUUUCCAGAAAGCUCAGAUAGUGGGUGCCUGUCAUAUCUUGAUAUGGAUUCUAUUUCACAGAUCAAGGGCAGCAGCAACACUAAAAACCCUGCUUUAGUUACUGCAAAGUGCGCUUCUGAUAUUUUUCUACUUGCGUUUUGGGGUUUUUAUAAAUGAGAUUUUUUUUUAACGGGGCUUAGUUUUGAGUAGACCUGCAUUGUAUUAGGGGUCUGAGAGAGCCACGGUGAAGACUGAAAUGGAUUAUCCUGGAUUAAUUGGUCCAACUCUCAAGGGGAAUGCAGCCCUUGGCUCAGGUGGAGUUGGGGAGGUUGUAUGCCCUUUAAUCAAAGCAUCACAUUUUCCCCAAAUUCCUAGUUAUUACUGCAAAAUCUAGAAGGCCCUUUCCAUGCAAUAUGCUAAGAAUACUUCCAAAACAAGUGCCCUGCACAUAUCUACCUUGAGAGUCCAUGUGGCACAGUGGUUAAGUGUUAGACCAGAAUGUUGGAGACUUGGGUUCAGAUUCUUCCUGAGCCUUGAGACUUGCUAAGUGACACUGGACCAGUCAGUCUCUCUCACCCCACCUAUCUCACAGGUAAAGUGAGUAUGAGAUUUCCAUUGCUCCGAGUGCCAGGCUGAACAAUCUCUUACAGCUUCCUUACCUAUGAAUAGCAGUAGAAAUUGCCUUAAUUUGCUCAGUUUAUUUAACUGAUAAAAAAUUGGUUUUCUUAUCAUAAUAACUUUUUAAAAAAUGUGAUGGAUGUGCCGCUGCAUUUAUACAAAAAAACACCUUUUGUGUGUUUUAAAAAGGCUCUCAAAAGUACAGAGCGAGAAGAGGAGGAGGAGUUGAACACAUGCAUUCAGGUCUCAAAGACUGAAUCAGCUUUGGAACCUCUCAUUUCUGAAAUCGGCAAGUCCCAGUAUCUUGAUGAGCCUUCUCAGCUGCAGGAGUUGGUUGCUGUUGUGGAUCAGGUACACUUGCUUUACAUUAACAGUUGAAGGUAUCUUUAGAGCAUUGCAAACCAACCUUCCACAAUGUGGCGCUUCCCAGGUAUAGUUCAUUCCCAGCUCCCAUCAGCCCCUGCCAGCAUGGCCAGUGGUCAAGUGUGGUGGGAUCCAACAGCAUCUAGAGGGUACUAGGUUGGGGAAGGCUUGUUGUUGUUUUGUUGUUUAGUCGUUUCCGACUCUUCGUGACCCCGUGGACCAGACCACGUCAGGAUAAGGCUAGUGUAGAUGAAAUCAGUUAGAUUGAUCAAUAACUUUGACUGUGUAUGCAGUAUCUUUCUGUGGAAAAUGCCAGCUGUACCUAAGUUGUCUGAAUCGCUUUGGAACUUAUUAUUAUGGCUGUUAGUUAAUUCAGGGAAAUGACAGCUAAUUUGAUGAAUCAUUUUCCAAAUGAGCAGAAGCAACUGUUUUGAAGCAGGAAGCACACUUUUGUUUGUGAGAUACACAUUUGUCUCUAAUUCCAGUGUGGUGUAGUGGUUAAGAGCGGUAGACUCGUAAUCUGGGGAACCGGGUUCAUGUCUCCGCUCCUCCACAUGCAGCUGCUGGGUGACCUUGGGCCAGUCACACUUCUCUGAAGUCUCUCAGCCCCACUCACCUCACAGAGUGUUUGUUGUGGGGGAGGAAGGGAAAGAAGAAUGUUAGCCGCUUUGAGACUCCUUCGGGUAGUGAUAAAGCAGGAUAUCAAAUCCAAACUCUUCUUCUAAAAACAAAAACAAUCUUAGAAAAGCCUUCUGCCCUUGACAAGAGAGAAGGAGGAGAGGUUCAUUUUCUAAGAUGAUUCUUGCCAUGUUCUUUUUUUCUUUUUUUUAACAAACACAUCCGUUAAAAAUAAUGCACUUAAAUCUGUUGGCUGGUUAAUUGGACGUGCUUAUUGUGUUUAUGGUUUGGUAGUCCCUGGAAGAAGCAUUGACGUACUCUUUGUCGGAUAAUUACUUCUUUGUAUCUUCUCUCAGCUCACCCCAAUUGAAAAGUACGCUUUGAAUUACCUAGAGCUCUUCCAUGUUUCCACUGAUGAUAGCGAACUGAAGGAAAAUGAGGUAUGGCAUGUAUAUGCAGUCACUUCUACAGCAGUAACCUUUUGGGGGGUUGGGGGUGCAUGCCCUUGGUGUGUGUGGCCAGACAUACCGCGCUCCCCAUCCAGGCAAGCAAGAGGUCUUACCCCAGUUCAAAGACACAUUACAGCCUGGUAAGAGGACGGCCACUGAGGGAUCUGGCCUGAGCAGAUUCCUAAGGGCACAUAAAGUACUGUGGGAGGCCUUCUUCUGCUCUUACAGUAUUAUGCAGCAAAGUAUCUUUAAGGACUUCAUGUGAACGAAAGCAAAAACUACAGAAGAUGCUUAGAAGACCCAGGAUUUUUUUUUUUAAAAAAAGACAUGGGAGAGUGACAUUUUUAUUUCUGUAGCCCAUGAAAGCUUAUGCCAUGGUACAUCUUGUGGCACCUAAAUAUGCACACACACAUACUGUAUAUAAAUAUAAUAGUUAUUUCCACCCUGGAAAUCAUUGCCUCUGAAAUAAUUAGCUCAGGGGUGGGCAAACUUGUGGGAUCUACUUUGUUGGGUUUUUGAGGUCCAGCACCGAGGGCCUUCUGGCGGUUCCCUCAUUGUGAGAAGCAAAGCUACAGGGAACCAGGCAGAGGGUCUUCUUGGUGGUGGCGCCCACCCUGUGGAACACCCUCCCAUCAGAUAUCAAAGAGAUAAACAGCUACCUGACAUUCAGAAGACACCUGUUCAGGGAAGUUUUUAAUGUGUGACAUCUUAGUGUAUUUUUGUUCUUUGUUGGAAGCCGCCCAGAGUGGCUGGGGAAAACCAGCCAGAUGGGCGGGGUACAUAUAAUAAAUUAUUAUUAUUGUUGUUGUUGUUGUUGUAGCAGAACCUGGAUAUCCUCCAACUGGCUCUUGGUGUAACAGCUGUGCACUUAGAAUUAAAGGAUUCUGAGCCCACAAGAUUGUUUCGAAUACCAGAACGGAGCUCUCGGUCUUUCCACGCAAAAAUCCCCUCCUAAUUACUUCAGCCUAGUAUAAUUUAGAUUGCAGGGAGGUCAUUUUGUUGCUGCUAUUGUUAAAUAGUAUUUGGGGUCAGAGAUCCUUAUCGGUCUACUGCAAGUAACCCAGAAAUUUAUACCUCCUGCUGAUUCCUGAGUUAGUUUUGUAAUUGAUCUUAAUACAUUACAUUUUUCUUUUAAAUAUAUAAAAAUAUAUAUCUUACCUAGAUGGAAGUAAGAACUGCCAAAAAGGUGUGGGAAAAUCAUCACCUGAAGUCGCUGAAAGAACAAGAGGAGAAAAUGCUUUUGGAUGGGGAAGAGGAGGAACUGCUCACCUACACUCGGGAAGAUGCAUAUAACAAAGUAAUUUACCUGCCAGCUUUUAUGCACUUCUUAAAACAUUUGAGGGAAACCUGCAGGAAAACAACACUUAUGUCCCUUCAUCUGCAAUGGAUUGCCAACCUAGCUCUCCUCUAGGAUACUAGAAGCUAUAAGAACCUAGCUCUCCUCUAGGAUACUAGAAGCAGGGCAGGCCAUCUCUUCCACUCCAGAGUUUUUCCAUUUUUCUAAUAUUUCAUUGGGUACUGGUCCUUAGUUUUCAUUGGGCUUUUUUAAUUUAAGGGGGGUGCAUUACCUCCCCUUAGCUUUUUCUUUUUUUAAAAAGGUUGUAUCCACUGUUAAUCCUAGAUGCAUUGAAAUUAAUGGACCAAAGGUAGAGACAUAAUUUCAUUUAGUAUACUCUUAAGUAGGACCACCACGGAGAUAAAACCCACAAUGAAUUGUGCUUCUCAUAGAUUCUUGGAAGAAGUUGGAAGGCAUUCCAAGGGUCGUCUAGUCCAACUCCCUGCAAUGCAGGAAUCUCUACUAAAUCAUACAUGACAGGUGGCCACCCAAACUCUGCUUAAAAACCUCCAGGAAGGAGAGCACACCACCCUUUGUGGAAGUCUCUUUCACUGUUGAACAGCUCUUACUAUCAGAAAGUCCUUCCUGAUGUUUAGUCAGAAUCUCCUUUCUUGUAAUUUGAAUCCAUUGGUUCGGGUCCUAGCCUCUGGAGCAGGAAUAAACAAGCUUGCUCCAUCCUCCAUGUUACAGCCCUUUAGAUAUUUGAAGACAGCUAUUUUGUCCUCUGGUUUCAUCAGAACUAAGUGUGUCUCUCUUCCCCCCGCUCCCUGCUCCAGGAAUAUAUUUAUGAAGGCCCAGAUGGACAAACUGAAAUAAUGCCGGUAAGUCUGUAUUGAUUUUAUUACCUCUUCAGCGUGGGGGUGGAUGUGGGGCGGAGGCGAGGAAAACGCAUACACACACGCUGUAUGCAGAGGGGCAGUAUGCUCUUGAGUACCAGUUCCUGGAAACUGCAGGAGGAGAGAUUGCUGUUGCACUCAUGGUCCUGCUUGCAGGCUUCCCACAGGUAGCUUGUUGGCCACUAUGAGAACAGGAUGCUGGACUAGAUGGGCCAUUGGCCUGAUCCAGCAGGGCCUUCUUAUGUUAGUGCAUUCACACCUCUGCUUACAUAUCCCUCUGGUUACGUAAACUUCGGGAUGCGAACACGGCAAACCUGGAAGUAUUUUUCCUGGAAGGUUUCCCCAUGCGUGCAUGUGCAGAAGCUCUAAACCGUGCCACGCGUGCAUGCACAGAAGCGAUAAACUGUGCCAUGCGCAUGUGUCCUCCGGGUUGCAAAAACCUCGGGAUGCGGCCGGACCUCUGGAACGGAUCCCGUUUGCAACUGGAGGUACCCCGUACACACUCUUUCUCUUUCUCUUCCACACGCACGCACACCCUCUGCUUAUCCAAGAACACAAAGCGAGGUAACUCUUCUAAUGCUUUGUACAGCUCUGGACUCCCCCAACGCCACCUCAGGAUGACAACGACAUCUAUAUCGACUCCGUCAUGUGCCUGAUGUAUGAGAGCACCCCGAUCCCAGAGUCCAAACUGCCCCCCGUGUAUGUCAGGAAGGAGCGUAAGCGCCACAAAACGGAUCCAUCCGGUAAACAUCGGGUUUUUAUGUAGGAUAUACAUUGUCAGACACCUCCCGGCGUUGCUUCUGUGGGUGUGGAACUCCUUUGUUGCAGGAAGCCCAAGCUGAGAAAGUUGCUGUUAUGUCAUAGGCUUUCCAAAGAUUAUUUUAAACAUUGAGAAACCGGCUGGGAAGUGGGGUUGUGCUGUUGUGAGGCCCAGCAGGAGGGGGCUCCUCAGGCAAUUAGGUUGUGGGAGGGUGCUGGUGGUCAGUCCGAGGCAAGAGGCAGGCAUGGAUCAAAUUCUGAACAUUCCAGGAUAGGCAAGAGAUAAAAUCAGAGCAUGUGGUUUUCAGAAAUUCCCGGUUCAACCUGUGGCAUCUCCAGUUUGUUUGUUUUCUUUAAAAUAAGGUAUGAAGUAGCUGAUGAUGCAGAAGACCUCUCUCUGCGUAAGACGCUGAAGAGCUGCUGCCAGUCAGCAGACCAGGGAUAGCCAGUGUGGUACUCUCUGGAUAUUUGUUGGACUACAUCUCCCAUCAUCCCUGACCAUAGGCUGUGCUGGCUGAGUCUGAUGGGAACAACAUCUGGAGCGCACCACAUUGGCUACCCCUGCAGUAGACAACCUUGGGCUGGGUGGACAAACAGUUUGACCUCACACAAGUUUCUUACCCAGAAGUCUCAGGGCCAGAGGCAGGGAGUGUAAACCAAGGCAGACAGGAGGUGGUGUUACAAAACCAGCAGUAUAAGGGGAUGGAGAAGGAGAGGUUAGGUUUUCUGAAAUGAACAGGUGGCUCAGGUUGAGGAGUCUGUGGCCCUCCAGAUGUUUGUGACCUUCAGCUCCUGUCAGCCCCAGACAGCAUAGCCCAGUGGUCAGAGAUCAUGGGAAAUGAAGUUCAACCUGAAGAGCCCCAGGUUCUCUGGGCUUGAGCUUUUGCGGGGGAUGUUCAAGGAUUGACUGUUAUGGUCAGCUGACAAAGUGCUCAGGCAGGUGAUGACACUUCUGGUACUGCAGCCUAGGGGCACCUACGAAGCACAGAGCUCAGUCUGCCAGGUUUGUGGAUGAUAUAGCACAUGGGUGGCAGAGGUGCUAAAGCAUUAGCGCCUACUGGCUGGUUGCAGUGGCACAAGUGCUCUUUUUGCUCCUCAUUUGUCUUAUGGCUGUGGGUCUCCCCCUGCCCUCCACAUUGCUACAACUAGUACCUGCCCAGAUCACUAAAUUUAUGACGGUGUUAGGGAUUUGGGUUUUUUUUUAAUUAUUCCCCAGCAAACAGCUCAAAACCUCCCUGAUCUGCCAGAGUACCAUAGGCGUUGUGGUGGAUCAAAGCUUAUUACGCCUGUGGCCUUUGAGGGCUUUGGAAACUCUUCCAUAAUUUUUAACAUCCUUGCGUAGUUUGUAUGUUCAUUGCCCCUUCCCCCUCCCCGCCACCAACUGCUUCACUGAGCCCAGCAUCCCUCUUCCCAGCUGCAGGAAGGAAGAAGAAGCAGCGCCACGGGGAGACGGUUAUCCCUCCCCGGUCACUCUUUGACCGAGCCACUCUGGGGAUGCUAAAAAUGAAGCGGGAAGGCAAAGAGCAGAAGAAGAACAUCCUUCUGAAGCAGCAGACCCAGUUUGCAAAGCCGCUCCCGACUCUUGUGAAGCCGGCUGCAGAGGCGGGCCAAGACAAUCCUGAGUGGCUCAUCAGCGAGGACUGGGCGCUCCUCCAGGUGAGAUGGCGUCUGCAACACUGGGUUCACUGCAGAUGCAAGAAGUCUUUGGGUUACACUCACCUCUGGCUGUACUCCGAAUAGACCCAUAGAAACUGAUGGGCAUAGCCAACGUAGGCCCGUUGAUUAUCAGUGAGUGCUUUGAGUAGAAUUUAGUUGGCUAGAACUCCAUUGCUGAAUAGCUAAAUGUGUGUUUCUCCCAGUUUGUCGCCAUCUGGCGGUCCUGGGUGCUUGAUGCUUUCCCACUCCAUCCACUAGGUGCCAGGUACGUUCCAAGAAAGACUUGGCUCACUUCCAAGUCCUUCAUCUGCCUCUGCAGCGUACAGACAUAAGGUCUGGCGGGGUGUGUGUGCGCUGCUUAUUUAUUGAGUGCCCUGUGCCCCCUCCCAAUAAGAGUAUUCCCAGGGUGGUAGACAUUGCUACAUGAAGUCAUUUAAAAGGCAAAGACAACAGAAUAAACCACUGCAAGAACAGGUGGAUUUGGUUGCAGCAUAAACCAGCCUCCUCAGAAGUUUUAAAAGCCUUUUAAAAUAGUAAUUUAAAAAGUGCAACACUUUCAUUUUAUUGCCUUUCUUGGAAUGUCUAAAACUACAACCGUUAGCCACUAUUUUUCUUUAUUUUCUGUGCAGCUACUAAGCUCUGUAUUCCUUGUAUGGGUAUGUUUCUUACUUGAAAUUAAAAAUGAGUUUAAAAGCUUAAAAGUAAUAAUUUGUUGAGUGGGAUGCCAGGUAACCCUCCCAGGUGGGGGUAUUCCAUAGGCAGAGCUCCCCCUCUUACCCCGCCUCCCAGAGACACUAAGAGGGGUGUGUGUCCAAAGAUGACCUUAUAUUGUAUAGGUUGAUUCAUCUGGCAUGUGUUGUGCCUUUUGGGAUCCCGCUUGGUGGACAUAAUGGCCAACAAGUAUCAAGCCAGUUUUGCUUCAGUCACAAUGAUGACCUAAACCUGUAAAGUAAACGGAAAUACACUUGCUAAUUUUGGAGAAAGUUAAGGAGACACCAGUGGGGUGUUGAGUAAACCUACCCCAAUGCCCCCAGUUAAUAUGGAGGAGUCAAGUUUUCGCAGUUGUGUUGGCUUUGUUUUGCAAAACUGCAGCCCCACUCUGCAUACCCCAUUCCUUCAUGUAUAUAGUCCUCACUCUCCACAAUGGCUAUCUUCUGCUUCCGCUGUCAGAGGCAGUGCGCCUCUGAUUAUCAUUUGCUAGGGGGGGGGGUCAAAGGAGAAUGCUGUUGUGCUCAUGCUCUGCUUGCAGGCUUCCCAUGGGCGCAGAAUAGGAUGCUGGACUUGAUCAGUUUUGUGCUGAUAAAGUGCGAUAAAAUAGUGAGUUCAGCUUCAUGUGCAACAUACUAACCUGUAACAUAUUUUAUUAAGCAAGUGGGACCCGCAACAAAGUCUUGCAGUGUGGGGUGCUCUUGUUCAAGUACCCCAGAAAGCAGCUCUGUCUCUUUGGUUACUUCAUUCCAUUCCCCUUCUCCCGUCCUGUUUUCUGGGUCCUCCACUCCAACAGAUACUCCACGUUCUGUGGCCACUGACCAUGUGUAGUCCUGUUUUGUCUCUCACACACCUCAGGUUUGCGGUUUUUUUCUGUUGUACUGCUGCAAACCUUGUGUUCCUCCCAAGUGCCUCCUCUUCGGGAACCAGAACUGGACCACCCACACAUCAGAAUCAGCACUCACUCCCCAGAUAUCACUAGUGAAGAGGAUAGCAAUAGAGUCUUACUUCCUGUCUGUCCUCCCCCUUCUUUGCAGGCGGUCAAACAGUUGCUGGAGCUGCCUCUCAACCUCGCAGUCGUGUCCCCAGCUCACACGCCCAACUGGGAUCUGGUCAGCGAUGUAGUGAACUCCUGCAGCCGAGUUUACCGCUCCCCGAAACAGUGUCGCAACCGCUACGAAAACGUCGUCAUUCCAAGAGAAGAAGGGAAGGUGGGUGUAAGCCGAAGUAGGCAACUUUCUUGCACACGCUUUAGGGAGUCAGAAGCAUAAGCAAAUCCUUAUGAAAUUUGUAAAGAGAGGACCCGUACCUGUGAUACUUUUCUCUUUUGGAUCAUUUUACGUGGCACUCUUUUUCCUCCCUUUUUUUUGUAUUUGGAAAUAAAAUAAAAUUCGGCAAUGUGCUAUAGAGUUCUUGCAACAGCCCUGUGAGUUAGGCCAGCAUUUUGCCCGUUUUACCAAUGGGGAGUUGAGACUGAGACAUAGUGGCUUGUCCAAGGCCUCCCGGCAUGCGUUCCCCCUCCCCCUCUUUUUUUUUGGGUUGAUCAGGGUACUGACCUCUGAUCUCCUGGGCCUUAAGCCUCACCCUCUGUCCACUUGUACCACACUGGCUCUUAUAGAGACUUUCUAUUUAUGUCACUAAUCUAAAUCCAAACCCAUCACAGAAAGUCAAACUUUGCUUCUUAUUUUACAGCUUAUGUAUGAAGCGAACCCUAAGAAGAAGACAAAAAGCAUUUAUAAGGUGUGCACUUACAAAUUGUUGUUCCAAUUCAGACAGUCUGGUAUCUUAAGCAUCAGCAGAGGUGGACACAAGAUGAAGUAGGAGAUCCAUAUUUGAGUCCUGAUUUGAACGCUCAAUCAGCCAUUUAAAGCCUUCCCAUCUAUUUCGCGUUGACGCAAUAGAUUGUGGCGCCAGGCGACCUUUGUCUCAAAGAUGUGAUUUGAAGAGUGAUUUCUCACACUUUAGCCAGCUUGAAUUAAAAAAUAAAAAGUGUUUUGUCCACCUCCCAGAAAUGCCACCUCAUUCCGCAUGAUUAUUAUAAUUAGUACCUUUUUUUUUUGAAAAAAAAUGUUUUGUUACUAGCUUUUUUUUACUUUUCAUUUUGAAAUCUGAUUGCUUUGCAGACAUUUAAUGAAUUAAUCCCUGCAACGCCCCAUCAGGUAAUGUAUCACCCCCAACUUAACAGCUGCAGAAGCGUAGUUGUAAAUUAGUUGUAGUAGGGUUAGAGGUGAUAGCAGGAAAUAUAAACAGCUUUCCGGAAACCAGACCGCAAAGGGGCAAAGUUGGGUGCCAUGGAGAAAGAGCUUUUGGCCUCAAGUUACAGUUCCUGCUAAACUUCUUCUUCUGACCAAGAUAAUCAAAUUUAGGGAAAUAUUUGGGAUGUUGCCGAUUAACAUGGCAUUUGUCGGGAGACCAGUAUUACAGUGAGUGUGUGAGAGAAUGCACAUGUGCAUAUUUUUAUGUGCACCUGGUGAAGGAGUACCUGAGGAAGUAGCAUCACUGAAGACAAGCGGGUGUGCACCUGAUCAGUGGCUCAGCUACUUCAGACUUCUGAAGUCCCCCAUGCAUGCUGCUCUGUGCUUUCCACAGAAGAGCAGGGUUAAGUAAGUACAGGAAGCAAAUUAGUGCUAGCAAGUCCAUCUGACAGUGUGUGGCCGAUAUGGUCUGAUGUGACAGUAUGGCUGGUUAGGCAGAAUAACUGCCCUAAGCUCUCUGGCCCACUCACUUGACUGCUCUGACGUCUUAGGAGCCCAGGGUAGGUGAGCUCCGGGGCGGGGUGGGGGGACCAAAAUGGGGAACGAGCCAUUUUGUAAAAACAAAACAAAACAAAACCCGGCGCCAAAACAAAACCUUUGGCACUUAAUCAAAGAAAGGGAGUUGUGGGGUACCCAGCCAAGCUGCUUCUCAGUGGUGCAAUUUGACUGGUUCAGGCCAGGUUCCCUGUUUCUGGUCCCAGUCAGCCCAGAGUUCCUACCUGCCCCAUGGAAUAGGGGGGUCAAUAAUGAGAAUUAUUCAGCUGCUCAGCCUUAAUCUUCUGGCAAGUGGGAGAGGCUUGUGGGAUUGGGGAAGAGUGAGGGUGGGCUGGAGAAGAGGCAAAGAGGAGAGUAAUAAGAAAGGGGGUGGAGAUGAGACAGAAUUGUUUUGGAGUGUGGGGAUAAGAAGUCAGUUGUUUCAGGUUUGUGUACACUUCAGAAAUACUACCCACCAGGACCUCCCAAGUGUUCCUAAUUCUCCAGUCUCCAUUUUCAUGAUUAUAUAAAAUGGGAAAUUAAUCUGGUAUUAUUUUUCUUUCCCUACAUUUCUGACACUUGAAUCGGCAGCUUACAAACUUGGUACCGAUGCAAUAUUUGGCAUAACCUAUUAGCCAUGGUUAUAAGAGGGAAAGCAAGCCACAUAUCCCCCUUUGCCUCCUGCCCAUCUCUUACACAUGCUCUCUCUUCCUUUUCUGUUUCACGGCUGUUUAUAGAGCAGGUUUAUUUAACCAGAGUUUGCAAGCCUCCUUCAAUCUCUGUAUACAAAGCUAGCUUGAAGCCAGCCAUGUUGAGCAAUAAUACAGAUAUUCAUUUGUUCAUUCAUUGAAUACAUCUGUACAGUGCCCUUAAUUCAGUAGAUUCCCAAUAAAUCCAGGAACCAUCUACCCACACCGUGUUUAGCUCUGAAAAGCAAAGGAAGAGGGACAAACGUGAGAAAUGGAACAUUCAGAUUCAUGGAUCACCCUGCUAUUGGGAUUAAGCUCUAGUAGUUUAUAAUCGUAGUUUGUGCUUUACUUGUUUCUUAGUAUUUGUAUACUUAGUAUACAGUAAGCCUGCAACUUAUGCAUUUAACUUGUGUGCAUUCAACUUCAUGUGCUUGGCAAAAAUAGCAAAUUAAAAGGGGGGCAGAAAGGGAGUGAAUGUCGGGGGGGGGGGGGAGACUUUGGCAGUCCCACCUGUCAUUGAAUCAAAUGCGAUUUUGGCUUUAGGCGCAGUCCCUGGAACAGAAGCCCUACAUAAGUUGCAAGUUUACUGUACCAGAUCUCUUACGUAGGCAGAAACAUUACAGAGUCUUGUAUUGCGCCUUGUAAAACUUUGUUGUUGUUUGUUCAUAUUUAGACAAAGAAUAGCCGACCACUUCGAACAAACCAGCUCUAUGCCCAAGAUGAGGGCUCCACGCACACCCAGCUUUACACUAAUCAUUUUGAGAUUAUGAAAAUCAUUGCUGGGAAGAGAAGCCCACCGAUCAAACCCUUGUAAGUUCAUAGGGAAGACGCUCCUCUUGCAGCCACUGCAGUAAAACUAUUCUAUACAAAAGCCAUUUGCUAUGCAAGUCCAUUGCAACAAAAACAACAGAGGCUUGUGACAUUUGCAAGUAGCUUUUUAUGGCAUAGCCUUUUUGUGGACCCUUGUCCAGUUCAUCAGGUGCAUGAAGUGCUAUCCUUGAGUUAACAGGUCUUGAAUCGGGUGGAUGUGACUUAAUAGCAAUGACAUGAGAAAAAAACUUCAUCCAGUGAUUAUUCCAUAUUUAAUUUGGUUAGUUCAGAAGACAGCUGUUGAUAGCACAAACGUUGUGGCAUUGGGUAGCCAAUUAACACAUGUAAUUGACAAAAAUCCCAUGUGUUUUCAUAUUGUCUCCAAUGGCAGUUCUUCAUAUACAGUGUAUUGAUUGUAAACAGAAUAGAAAUCUGAAGUCCACUAUAUAAUUCUUCCUUGGGGUUCUUUGCCAAAUGCAAAUAUGUUGUGUUUUCUUAAGGUCAAAAAGUGUUCUGGUGGAUCUGUCAGUGCAUGUGUUGGUGCCGUGACUUUAGAAUAUACAGCACUGCUCCUCUCUUCAGGAGUAUUAUUUCUCCCCUCCCCUCCUCGGCCACCUUUAAAUAAAGGGGCAUUUUGGAAAUGUGUUUCUUUGACAACAAAUGUCCUCUUGGGUUGUAUUUCAGACUUGGUAUGAACCCUUUCCAGAAGAAUCCAAAACACACUUCAGUACUUGCAGAAAGGUAAGAAGCUUCAGGUAGGAGGGAGGGGUGUGACAGGGCAAGAUUAGCACCCCCCCCUUCUUUCUCCAAGCCCUUUAAGCAAAGAACAGGGAAAGGAUGGAGUUGAUCAAGGGUCAGCAAACUUUUUCAGCAGGGGGCCGGUCCACUGUCCCUCAGACCUUGUGGGGGGCCGGACUAUAUUUUGAAAAAAAUAAAUAAAUAAAGAACAAAUUCCUUUGCCCCACAAAUAACCCAGAGAUGCAUUUUAAAUAAAAGCACACAUUCUACUCAUGCAAAAACACCAGGCAGGCCCCACAAAUCACCAAGUGAUUCAUUUUAAAUAAAAGAACACAUUCUGCUCAUGUAAAAACACGCUGAUUCCCGGACCGUCCGCGGGCCGAAUUUAGAAGGCGAUUGGGCUGGAUCCGGCCCCCAGACCUUAGUUUGCCUACCCAUGGAGUUGAUCUUUUUAGCAGAGACACACACAUACACAGAGAGAUGCUCUGCAUUGGGUGCAAUCCAGCUAAAGCGAAAUGCUUCUAAGUCCUUGUUGAUAUUGCUGGAAGUGAUUUUAAGCAUGUGCUCAACUCUUCCAUCAAAAUCAGUAGGCCUUAAUAAAAGCUCUGGACUUUUGACCAAAUGGUGCCCCAGUUCAUCCCCCUUCAUAAUUUCUAAUUUAGUUCGUUCCUCUUCAUUCCCAGCGGCAUCAACUACGACAAGCCACUUCCUCCCAUUCAAGUUGCAUCUCUCCGAGCAGAGCGUAUCGCAAAGGAGAAGAAGGUACGUUGUGAAGGAGAUUCCAGUUCCUGCGCCGAAACAGUGAGUCGGGGGAUGUUGUUUGGUGAUAGCUCCAGUCUCACUCCUCCCCCUCCAUAGUGGGGAUGAACUAAUGUAUAUGGUAUGCUGCAGCUAUUUGAAAUAUGUGAUAUAAAGGCUUUGUAUUGACACUGUAGGGGCUUUAUUCACAGUCUAAUCUGGACUUAGUUCAUUUAUGAAAUUUGUUGUUUUACCAGCACGGCUGGUCUCUCAUUGUGUUAACCAGUUCGGUUUUUUUAGGGCAUGUUCUCACGUUCAUUUUGCCAGUGCGGCUGGGGCAGUAAUAUUGAAACUUGGGAAUAGCGUCAUGGGUGUAUCUUUCAUUCAUCAUGUGAUAAGUGUCUCCCAUGCUUCUUAUUUUGUUUAGAAACAGAAGCUGAAGUCGGGUGGUGGUGGGAGGGUAUGAUUCAGACUGGGACAGCAGUGCAUGGGAUUGAUCUUGUCUCCCUGCACCAUUAUUUAUUUAAAUAUUUGGAAACCACACUUCCGUACAUAAUAAUCAAAGGUGCCAUACAGGCUAAAGACACAGCAUUGCAAUAAAAAUGCCAGACAGAUCAGUAAGAGCGGGUUGGCACAGAAUAUGAGAUUUAAAAGCAUGUGGGGGGCAGGCUUUAUGUUGGGGGGGGCAGAACUGAGUUAUCUGUGAAAUGAUUGGUCAAUUAAGUAUUUUUUAUUAUUUUCUUAAUGGGAGGGGCAGCUGCACCCCCUGGCUACGCCCAUGUUUGAAAGGCCCGUCUGAAUAAUACAGUUUUUAGAAGACAUCAGAAAAAUGAACAGGGAUGUCUCCUGCCAAACUUCUAUUGGCAAGGAGUUCCACAGGGCAAAACGUGCCACACCAAAGACUCGGUCCCUGAUUAGGGCAAGCUGAACCUCAGGGGCAUGUGAAACAAACCAAAGUGUCCCAGGCCUCAGUGGCCAAGGUGGGCCGGAAGGAAUUCCUUGCUGUAAAUCCCCCAAAUCUCAGCUAUUUACCCCUCAAGUAAAUUCGUAUUUUGGGGCAGGUCGGAGGAAAAGAUUAUUGGGAAAUGGCACGUGGAAUUUUUCUGUACCACAGUCCCAACCUGGAUUGGGGGUUUCUCUGUUGAUUCCAAGGACAGGAGAGACUAUCCUGUGAUGAACCUGUUGCUCGUUUGGGGCCACUGGCGCUGCUGUAUAUAAUGGGGUGGAAGAGGCAUCUGAACAGCUAUUCCCAAGUCUUUAUAUAUUUUUCUCCCCCUGCCCCCCACCUACAUUGGGAAAGGUAAUAUGAAGAUCUGCCCUAAAGAACUGACACAAAAUGAAGGGACUGGACCUUGUAUAUAAAGUUGUCAAGUCUAGGCAAAUUCAACAUAUCCACCUGUUCCCAGCCAAUUGAAGAGAGGAGCGUGAGAAUGGCUCGCCUUGUUUGGGAUGCUUUUAUCCGCCCUUUGAACAGGAACCAACCGCUUUUUCUCCUUCCUUAUUUCCCAGGCUCUGGCUGAGCAGCAACGGGCCCAGCAGCAAGCUGGACCUCAGCAGCAACAGCAGGCCGGCCAGCAACAAACACAGCAAGCGGCAGUACAGCAAGCCCAGCCUCAGCCCCAGGCUCAAGCCCAGGUAGUCCAGCAGCCCCAGGCUGUGGUGCAGACGGCUGUUACCACUGUGGCAAACACUGCAGUGCUGGUAAGACACUCUCGAGGGGUUGCAAAUAGCCACUGGCCCAGAUGCCUGUGGGGAGUGGAGAGCGUGUCUGGACUGAUGCAGCAGUUAAGCUAUGCGAGAGUCUCCUCUUAUUCCUAAAACUCAGAGGACGCAUAGCAUCAUAAAGUGUGGGAGAGGCAGGCUAAGAAGUGUCAUGACAAGCCACAUUUGCAGGGGUUCUUGUGGGCUUGUAACUUUCACGGGCAAAACUGUGUGGCUGCAUUCUUGUUUUAAGACCAGCAUCCUGUAGCGCUACAGGCACAGGCAGUGACCAGCCUUAACAUCAGGCACGUCCAUUUAUAUGCUGACUGUUUGUUUGACCCGUGGCAGCAAGGAUGUUACCUGCUAUAGGCUGGAAACCAUAACCCUGAUUUUCUGUAGGGAGGGAAUCAGAUGGUUAUAGGCUAAAUUCAUGUUUGGUACUUCUCCUCGCCCUGCCCCCCCCCCAAGAGGACCUGUUAUUUUUGAAAUAAGUUUUGGAUUUAUAAGCAAACCCACUCCGUUUUUUAAUUUUAAUUUUUACUUUUUCACUUGUGCUUACAUUUAUCAUUGUGUAUUUUGCGCUAAAUCCUUAAACCAGUUAGAAACAUAGCUUGAAUAUCCAUGGAGAUCAUUUGGGACUCUGGCUAAUUCUCAGAAAGCUGUGUCACAUAUGAGUAGAUAGCUUCACGACUCUUACAUGGUGCCCACAUUCACACAUAAUGCUGAAAUUUCAACAUUUAGCACUUGACUGUAUUUUCCAGCUGCUUCUGAAAAUAGGGCUAAUGUCUUCCAAACAAACCAGGAUAGGAAGCCAUCAUUUAAACUUUGCAUCAUAUCCUGGCUUGUUUGGAAGGCAUCAACCACAGGUUUGGGGUUCAUGUGCAAUGGGGAACUUUCAUUAAAUGCCAGCUUUUUAACUAACUGCCGGCUUCAGAGGUUUGCGAAGAAGUUGUGUGCAGCCGCACACAGCUCCUGCCACAUCCUGGCCACAUUGCAUGCCAACCCUUCCACGUCCCGGUAUGUUUCUCUCUUUAACCAAAAUUAUCUCCUGGCCAGGCUGGCACAAUGAAGACCUCGGUGACUGGGACAAGCAUGCAGACAGGUAAGUUGCACCUCCUGUAGUAAAGCAUUGUGGGUGGUGGAGAAAUGACUAUGCCCGCCUCCAUUGCAGGCCCAGACUGACCUUUUGGUUUUGUUUCUCAGCUACAGUGAGUGGGAACGUUAUUGUAAAUACAGUGGCCGGGGUUCCUGGAACGACCUUUCAGCCAAUCAACAAGCGGCUGGCUUCGCCCGUGAUACCGGGAUCCCUGGCGGUGAGUAUUUUCAGAUGCCCAGUGUGUCACUUUCAAGCUCCCAAUGAGGGCAGUGAUUUCAACCAGAGUCCAGUGGUUCUAAGCAAAGUGUGUGUGCGGAUGCAGUUUGAUUAUAGAUAGGGGUAUCUGGAAAAAAUCCUACCCUGGAAGUGGGAUUCUUUACUACGGCGAGGACAAAGCUUGGUUUGCCAAGAUGUCUUGAGCUUGAGCCAUUUGGUCAAGGAUAAUCUUAACUUGAGAGCUGCGACAAAUUACAUCUUUCUUCCUUUCCUUUAGACCGCAGGAGGAACGGCUACAGCCCAGGUGGUACAUACUCAACAGAGAGCAGCUGCCACACCUGCUGCAUCUGCAGAACUGGUGACCAUAGCAUCUACCCCAGGGGUCCGAGCAGUGACAUCGGUGACAGCGCCAGCGGUUGUCACUACUAACCUGACCCCGGUCCAGACCCAAGCAAGAUCCUUAGUCACUCAGGUUACGCCAGGUAAAGAGUGUACAUUUUGCAUAGUCUGAUUUUUUUUAUAAAAAAGGUUAAAUCUUACCUAUGGGAUACUUUCCCAAACUGGUAGUAACAUCUGCUUCAUGUUUCUAAUCCUCUGCUGACUUGACCUUGCGUGGGUUUUAACACCAGCAGCAGCAGCAACAACAACAACAAUUUAUACCCUGUCCAUCUGGCUGGGUUUCCCCAGCCACUGUGGGCGGCUCCCAAUAGAAUAUUAAAAACACGAUAAAGCAUCAAACAUUAAAAACUUCCUUAAACAGGGUUGCCUUCAGAAGUCUUCUAAAAGUCAGAUAGUUAUUUAUUUCCUUGACACCUGGUGGGAGGGCGUUCCACAGGGUGAGCACCACUACCGAGAAGGCCCUCUGCCUGGUUCCCUGUAACCUCAAUUCUCGCAGUGAGGGAACUGCCAGAAGGCCCUCGGGAAGCUAGACGUCAGUGUCCGGUCUGAAGGAUGGGGGUGGAGACGCUCCUUUAGGUAUAAUGGGCUGAGUAUAUUUAGCCCAUGGAUGGGGAACCUGCAGCUCUCUAGAUGGUUUUAGACUCCAGUACCCAUCGUGCCUACCCACUGAGCAUGCUGGCUGGGGCAUCUGGAAGGCCAAAGGCUCCCUGCUCUCAGUUAAAUCUGUGGGGACCUUUUCAACUCGAAGGGCAACCUCCCCGGAGCGGGGAGCGCAUGACAGAGUGCUGAGGCAGAGACGAAGGAGGACACCAAGGUAAAUGCUGCCUUUGUACUUACCUCAUUUCUGCACCCACUCCCACACCCCUCUCUAUCCCAUAUCAAGGCAAGCCAGAGGCUUUAUCAGAGUUCAAGGACACGUUCUAAGCUCUCUCAGAAACUAGAAACUCUGAGGCAGGGUGUGAAGCAGGGCCAAGCAAGAGUGUGGCCUGGGAACAGGGCUGGCCGAGUAGGGGGGGCUGUUGAUGACUUGUAAAUUGUGCUGCUGAAGCUUUUUGCUGCUUGUUACUGGGAAUUGUUUUGUGAAAUCUUUAUGAAUUGCAUGCUGUAGGUUUUAUUCCUUAAAAACGUUGCAGGUCGCUUGGAGGUGAGUUUUGUGUGUGUGUAAUGAAUGGCUAGGAAGUGUAAUCAAUCUCCUUUUCUUCUUCUCUUCCCCCUGCCCCCAGCAGCUCCAGCAGGUGUGCAGUUGUCGGGGAAGGCUAUCAGCCCGGCUCACUUCCAGCUCCUGCGGCAGCAGCAACAGCAGCAGGCGGCAGCAGGCCAGGUCCAAGUCCCACAGGCCCAAUCACCAGCCCAGAUUAAAGCUGUGGGGAAGUUAUCCCAGGUGAGGGAGAGGCUCCUCGAUUUGUUAGCAUUGGUCGGAGCGUUGCAUUACACCCUAUCCGCACUAUGCAUUGAAAGCAGCACCAUGCUGCUUUAAGAGCCAGAAAAAUCCUGGUGGCCCUCCAAGACCCACAGCAAUUUUCAAGUGUUCAGGGGGUGGGAGUUUGGGGAACUCUGUAGCUUGGUAGAAGAGUGGUGUAGAUUGGGCAUAUUUGCAUCGUGGAGUUGCGGGGAAGGGCAAGGAGUUUGCCUGAGUGCUGAAGCCCUGCCUCCAUCCCCUAGAGAUUUAACCUGAUCCUCUCUCACUUCUGAGAUGCUUUGCCCAUGCACAGCUGUCAAGCAUAUCUUUACAGUCAUCAGAACUGGAAACCUGCUCUUUGAAACAAAAGAUAAAAGCAGGGGCUCUGGGAAAGGAGGCUCCCACUCUCAACACCAGAUUCUGUAUUUUUAGCUCUGUCGCUUCCAUGGAAUUCUAGCAUACACAUAGCAUUCAUGUAUUUUUGAUAACAUGGCAUUUGAUUUUACACCUGGACCUAAUAUAUAUAUAUAGCAGCUUUCUCCAACCUGGGGCUGAUGGAGUUUGCAGCCCAAAGCAUUUGGAGGGCAACAUAAGAACCUGCCUUAUACUGAGUCGGACCUUUGCCCUGUCUAACUCAGUUACUCCCUGUGUCAACUGGCAGCGCCUCUUCGUGGUUUCAGGCACAGACUCUUUCCCAGCCCUAUCUGGAGAAGCCGGGGAUUGAACCAGGGACCUUCUGCAUGCAAGGCAAAGACUCUACUGCCGAGAGCAACCCAGAUGGGGAAAGGUGCAGGGCAUUACGUAACAUGCACUGUGUUUUGAGAUCUAUACACUCAGCCAGGGUGGAUAAAAAUCAAGGAUUAAUUUUAAAAAAUAGUAAUAAAUAAAUCAGAUUUUUUAAAAUUUAAAUCGGAUUUUUAAAAUAAAAUGCUUUUGGAAGAGAAAUCUUUCUAAAGAUAGUUUUCUGUUUAAGUUGCAUUAUAGGCUAUUCAUCAGGAAAUAAGGAUUUGUUUUAUGUUUUUCAUGUGUGCUAAAACUCAGUCUACGUUGUUUUUUUUUAAAAAAAAAACCGUUUAACCACAUCAGUUAACAGACAUGGAUACAUAUGCUAUAAUGUUAUUGUUUUAGUUAAAUAAAUUGUUUAUUAAGGAAAUGGUUAUUUUUCUCCUUCCAAUAAAGUACAGCAGAAAAGUUGUCCAAAUAUAAACAUUUAACGUAUUAAACCUCACAAUAAUUUCAUAAUUAUCUGUCCAGGUAUUUAUAAUAGUAUAACCAAAUCAGUAAUUUUUUAUAUAACUGUAAAAACUACUCUGAAAAUUUAUUAUUCCAAAAACGAAACCUUCAUCUGGUUGUAAAUAUUAAGAUUAUACCAGCAAGAAUAAAUCUUUCUGUAAAAAAAUAUGAUUUAAAUCAAGUCUUACUGACUAGUGAUUUAAAUCGUGAUUUAAAUCGAUUUGAUUUAAAUCAAAUCCAUCCUGCGCUCAGCAAAUCUUGCUACUGUAUCAGAAAAGAAAAACUUUGGUUCAAAUUCUCUCCUGGUAUCAGAAGCCGUUUAGCAGAGCCAAAAGUCGUGGUGGUGGUACGAUGUUGUGUUUCUCCUCUCUCUCUUCAGGAGCAGCUGAUCAAGUUACAGAAGCAAAAGAUGCAGAUUCCCCAACAGCAGGCCGCCCAGCAGCAGGCCCAGCCUGGAGCCCAGCAGCAGGCCUCUCAGGUUCAAGUGCAGCAGCAGCAGCAGACCCAGCAACUCACGGCCGUCGCAGCACCGAGGCCAGGGGCGGUCCUCACUGGCACCACCGUCACGAACCUCCAGGUUGCUCGCCUUGUAAGUCAGCCUUGGGGAUCCUGCAGAGGUUAACAAGCCAGCAGAAAUUUCAGUUAGCCUGGCACUGGUGGGAUGGUUGGCAAAGAGGAGAGACUGGGCACAAGCCUUCUCCUCUCUUUCUUUUGGCUUGGCUAAAUGCUGCCUGCUGUGUGUGUGGGGGGGGGGGGGAGAGAGCUCUGCCCUUCCUCUGCUGGCUCAUUCACUCUCCUGCAUGGUCUUCUGUACUGGCUGGGCAAGUUCUUUAAAUGCAUUUAAGCCCUGGACUGGCAGCCACAGAAUUCUGCUCAGCUACAGCACUCUUCAUUGUGAACACAAGGUGAAAAGUCUUUCUGGAACAGCUGUCUUCUUUCUCACAGACAGUAUAUAUUUGGGAAGCAGACCGUUCCCCACUGUUGACCCCUAAGCGACUGACAUUUAGAGGACACUGCUUCUGAACACCAGGGCUCCAUUUAGCCGUCAUGGCUUCUGGGGGUCAAUGGAGCCUGCCCCUCCUCUAUGGAUUUGUCUUAAGCCCCAUUUGAAGCCAUCUGGGCCAGCCUUCUCCAACCUGUUGUCCACCAGGUGUUUGGGACAACCACCAUUUGUUCCUGUCCAUUGGCCAGUUGGGCUGAUGGGUGUCAUAGUACAAAACUUCUGGAGGCUGCUGGCUGAGAGUUGGAGUGUAGCAGAAUCCGGAGAGCCACAGGUUCCCCAUCCUGUUUUAAUCCAGGGGUGGGGAACAUUUUUAAAGUUGAGGGCCACAUUCUCUGGCAGAGAGCCUUCAAGGGGCUACAUGCUGGUGACGGGCAGGGCCAGAGGCAAAAGUGGCCGGAGCACUUCGUACGAACACUCACAAACCUUUCUCCGUUCUGCAAGCAGGGCAAGCGAGAGGCAUUAUCAGAGUUCAGGGAAACGUUACAGACAGGCAAAGUGUCUCGAGGAGGGUGUGAAGCAGGGCCAAUGAGGGCCUGAGUAGAGUUCCAAGGGCCAGAUAGGUUUCUCGUUCCUGUCUCAUUGCGUUGCCGUUCUGCAUUCCACCAGAAAUAGUCAGGUCUCCUCUCAUGCUUGUGCAAUAAUCCCAAUUCCUUACUGCUCAGACUCGUGUUCCUGCUUCCCAGCUUCAAGCGCAAGGCCAAAUCCAGGCGCAGGCACCGCAAGCAGCCCAGGUGGCCUUGGCGAAGCCUCCGGUGGUGUCUGUUCCAGCUGCUGUAGUGUCAUCUGCAGGGGUCACCACACUCCCUGUCACAGUUGCUGGGAUUAGCGUCGCUAUUGGACAGCCACAGAAAGCAGCAGGUGUGUCAAUCAUUCUUCUUAACCUGUGUGUGUGAGAGAGAGCAUAUCAAACUUCCAGAAGAAAAAGCCCGAGCUUUCAUUUUAAGUCUCUUUUCUCCCUUCUCUCAGAGUGAUGUUCAAUAUGUCACUUUCUUUUUCUUUCUCUUUUUAAAAUCAGAGACUUACUAAUGCCUAAACUGUACCAUGCUUGUGACAGUGAAUUCUCCAGUUGUCCAAGGACUUGGGAUAUUCAGUGGGUCAGGGAAUCAAACAGAUUGCAGACUUGCUUCUGUGAAGCAGAAGGAAAGCUGUCGGUUUAGCUUUAGCAUAGGAGCUGGUGGAGAACUGGCAAGAGGUUUUAUUUCUAUAUCAAAAACUUGCCCCCUGCUUCAUCCCAAGAUGAUUUAGGUCAAGAUAUGAAAACAGUAAGAGAUCAAAACAAAAAACACAGCAGCAGAAUAAAUACAUCCCAGCAAAAACAAAAGAGCAGAAUGAAUGCAAGUUGCACAAAACACCUGUCCAUUUCAAAGACUUUCCUGAGGAACUAUAUGUCAUCUUGGUACCUGAGGGACCAUAGCUUCCCAAAAUAGCCCUCCUCCUCCCCCUCUCUCUAAAACCACCCCACUUUGGGUUGUGCUGUGUGCACACAAAUUGCUGCCCAACACAUUGCCUGCAGUCAUCCUGCUCCAGUCAGGUCGGCAAGAAGAAGAAGAGUUUGGAUUUGAUAUCCCACUUGAUCACUACCUGAAGGAGUCUCAAAGCGGCUAACAUUCUCCUUUCCCUUCCUCCCCCACAACAAACACUCUGUGAGGUGAGUGGGGCUGAGAGACUUCAAAGAAGUGUGACUAGCCCAAGGUCACCCAGCAGCUGCAUGUGGAGGAGCGGAGACGCGAACCCCGUUCCCCAGAUUACGAGACUACCGCUCUUAACCACUACACCACACUGGCAAAGUUGUGGGGACGUGCUAGUGGAGGGCAGGAACAGCAGUGCUGAGAAGGAGGAGGGUGCUCAGGUUCGCAGUGCUUUGGAAAAGCCCCUCCAAAGCACAGCUGCUCCAGAAACUUGGAAGGAGAUGAGUAGGAUCAUCAAUGGGCAUCAGAGGCACUUACCUCCAAAAUUCAACAGGACCCCAGGUGAAGGCCUCAUCCUUCUGGAAGCUGGCUUGUGUGGCUACCACAAAUGUCAAGUUUGUUUAGUAGCCAGGACAGGUGGGUCUCUGACUACUGAUAAAAGAGCAGUAAUGGGGAAAGAUAUGUUGAAGGAGGAAGGACUUCAGCAGGCACUGAAAACACAACAGUCUAAUAUUUAACAGGAAGGAAUUCCAAAAAGGUAUUUCGGAGCAUCAUUGUAAACAAUGUCUCAGAACUUGCAUUGUCCAGUCUUUUAGUUCUGUCCUUCAUAUCCUGCACAGGAGGACAGACUGUGGUGGCUCAGCCGCUGAACGUCCAGCAGCUCUUGAAACUCAAGCAGCAUCACCAGGCAGCCCAGCAGCAGAAGGCCAUCCAGCCUCAGGUUGCCCAAGGACAAGCUGCUGUUCAGCAAAAGGUACCCCUCUCCGUUCCCAUUACUGCCUUUGCAAACGCUGCAUUACCACUAAGGUGGGAAACUGGAUACUUUGGCUAUUAGAAGCAUGCUAAAGAUGGAGGAAUGGCCUGCUGUUAUCACCAACUCCUACCUGUAAGUAAAUUGUUGCAGUAGAGCACAGCUGCAUAGGGCAAAGAUUUGCAUGUACUUAACCAUGUCCUGGAUUCAGAGAACUCCAUUCUGUUUGUUACGUUCCAUAUCUUGCCUUUCCCCGAAGGAGGUCAGGGCAAUGUGCAUGCUUCCACACACCCCUGUAUCCUCUAAGCAAGCCUGUGAGGUAGGUUGGGAAGAGAGGUCGUGACUGGCAAAGGUCACCCAGGGAUUUUCCUGGGGAAAAUGGGGAAUCGGAACCUGAUUCUUCCAGUCGUAAUCUGACAUUUUUAACCAGUGCGCUGACUCGAAGAGGUUGAAUGCCCUAUUUUGCCCUUUCAGAUAAAUGCCCAGCAAGUCACCGUCCAGGCCCAACAGCAGACAUCACAGCAGCAGAAAGUCUACGCUACGCAGCCGGCCAUUAAGGCACAGUUCCUACCAACGCCGAUUUCUCAGGCCCAGAAACCUGGUGGAGCCCAACAAGUCCAGACCCAAAUACAGGUAAGGCUACUGUGCCUCUUCCCCUCUCUUUGACGAGGAUGUGAUAUUGGUACUCAUACAAUAAGAGCCUCUUCCGUUUCCCUGCCGGUUGUUCAGUGUCUGUUUCUACCGAGUUCAUCCCUACAUCAGUCGGUGUGGAACCCACAGACACUGGCUUAUGUCAAACAUUUGCAGAAUGCUGGAUACUUUUUAAAUGACAAACCCCUUCUCCCCCAAUGUGUUGUUCUUAAAGGUUGCAAAGCUCCCACAAGUGGUCUCGCAGCAGGCAGCAGUAGCCAAUAUUCAGCAGGUGGUGUCUGUUUCCCAACAGGUAAGGUUUGUGGGAUCCCACAUUUCAAACUUGCAUGCAUUUUUUCAAAAUCUUGAGCGGGGAAGUGUAACUUCUGAAAUUGCCUUUAGAAAGGAUUGAACCCUUAACAAAGUGUGAUGUUCACUAGCAAGCAUUUCUGUUUACCUCUUCCCCUUUUUCUCCCUCCCUGCACCCCUCAAGGUUCAAGCUCAGCCGCAGACGGUGACUUUGUCCCAGACAACAGCAGGACAGCAUCAGGUCCAAGUCAUCCCUGCCACCACCGCCACCGCUCAAGUGGUCCCACAGAAACUGGUCCAGCAGCAGGUUGUCACGGCAGCAUCUCCCCAGAUUCAGGCAGCCGGCGUACAGAACCCAUCCCAGGUUCCGGCAUCGUCCGACGGCCAGACUCAGCAAGCAAAAGUGCAAAUGAGGACUCCGGUCAGGAUAAAGGCGCCCAACAAACCCAGCUGA